GACUAGCACCGCUAGUUCAAUUCGAUCGGUAGCGAGAUCGCAAUAGAGGGGCAGAGAGCGGAGAGGACGGCGAGCGAUGGAUCGUCGCCCGACCGACGACGCCGAUGGUCCACGUCGCUCCGUGACGCGAGAGCUUCGCGUGGAUACCGAUGGCGACUGGCCGAGUAUGCCAUCGCCAAGGCGAGCAGCCACCGCUCCCAGUAGUCCUUCUACCGCUUUUCGAACAGAUCGGGAAGCGAUCUUUCGUUCAAGAAACAACACAACGGUGGCGGAAACGCAUCUUAUGCGGUCGAGCGGCUCACAUUCUGACACAUUCACUGAGGAGCACUGGGAUAGCGAAAUCACGAGUUUUGUCACAGCAGCUCCACCAAAAUUUAUUCAGGUAAUCAAAGCGUACCGUGUGCUUUCAACCGACACACCUACAUUGGUUGUGGAGGUAGCUUCAGAUCCACCCGCGAUAUUCGAGUGGUUCUGUAAUGACAGAUCAGUCCAGCAGGACAAGCGACGCUUCCAGGCCCGUCACGGGCUGAACAUUACCACAUUGACAGUUCAUGAUCCAGAGCAAGGCGUUUAUAAAUGUACUGCUCGUAAUCCUGCUGGAGUCAGUACUAGUUAUGGAUAUAUUACUGUUAACUUUGAACAUCAAGACAGUGGAUGGACUGUAGUAGAGCGAAGUAUGGCGAAGGAGGAGGGCCAGCCUACCAUCACCGUACAUCGCUCACCACGAUUCACCAGUCAGGUACCAAAUCUUACGGUACAACCUGGAAGCAAUGCUAUUAUUGAUGUUGAAGUUGAUGCUAAUCCACCAGCUCGAUUCUCGUGGUUUGUAAAUGGACACGAAUAUCGGGAAACGUGCAAAGAUGUUGAAAUCACUUAUCCAUCAGCAAAUCGAUGUGUUGCUAAGUUCAUGCUCCCAGUGCGUGGAGAAUACAAAGUAGUCGCUUCAAAUGUCCAUGGAUCAGCGAUGAGUAGCGGCUAUAUCGAUAUACACAGAGCCAAACCAGCACGAACGAUGCGUCCUCCAGUAGUUCCUGGAGAGCAUCUUGCGCGGAAUAUCAUGUCAGCCAGUCAUCAUCAAGGAGGAACUGCUCCUGAAGGAGAAGAUAUGGUCACAACGCACCAGACUGUGAACGUCUAUGAAGUGAACUAUGCGCAACGUGCUUCAAGUGUACCUCGGGGAGUUCGACAGUUGGAGAGCCAUGUCGAAGUCCCACACUCAUCGCAACGAGUGAUAUCGCUCGAAGAACGCCGCUCAGAACAAAGCAGCAGCAGCGCCAGGCUCCCGGAACGCCUACCGCGAGCCUUGUUCAAAACGCGCAGUGAAGGUGCUGCUCGCUAUCUGCCCCAUGCACCGAAAUUCCGCACCACCUUGCCGUCCCAACUAUCCAUCAAUCCGAACGAGAAACUCGUCCUCUCCGUGACAGUUGACGCUAUCCCAACUGCCGAAUUUAAGUGGGAUGUGAACGGAUUCGAAGUCCGACCGUCAAGAAAUGUCACCGUACUAAGCGAACAGAAUAGGUCGACGCUGGUAGUACAACCGCCUGUCAAACAGGGAAAGUACAGCGUGACCGCAUUUAACGAACAAGGCAGAGAAACACUGCUUACCAAGGUGGUACAUCUGUACACGGAGACGAGGACAGAAACAACAGAAAAACCAAAAACACUGGUCGUACCCGAUAUCGUCGAGACCGCAGUGACGGUGACAAGCGCAACCGAAGAGUGGGAGGUGAUUGACGGUGUCGACUCGCCUCCCUCAUCUUCCUCGAUUAAAACGGUCAAAAUGAGAGAACCGCCGCCUUCCGUUGCACAUGAAAAAGUAGAACUUUCCGUUCCAGUCACUCAUGUACCGAUUCAGGUGUCCAAAGAGGAGCCUAAAGUUGGUGUCAAAUUUAAGGAGGAGGAAGAAACUAAAAUCACUCAGCAGGAAUCGGUCGUUACGACAAGGUCUGUACAUAUUGGCAAGCGAACUCAAGAAAUCAUUCCAAAAAGGCCUAUAUUACUCUCAGCGCCCAGCCAAAAUGUCCAUGUACCUUCAGGAGAGAAGUUAGUGCUAGAGUCUAGAGUAGACAGCAUUCCACCGGCGACGUUCCGCUGGUAUGUGAAUAAUUUCGAGGCCAAGAACUCCCAAUACAUCUCGAUAGUCGAACCGGCUGAGAAUGUGAGCGUGGCCACGUUUGAACGACCCACAGCAGGGCUUUACAAGGUAGUAGCAGAGAAUCCACUAGGUGACGUUACCGCUUUUACCAGGGUUACCACGGAGACGGUCGUGGAAGAAGUCCACGAAAGAACUACGGUUACCUCCGCGACCAAGCCUACGAUGUUCACCUUGCCGAAGAAGAUAACUAUUGCAGUUAGAGACGAUCUGCCGAAACCGCCUCGUUUUAAAGAACGGCUCCCUGUGUCGCUGAAAAUACGCUCGGAGCAACCUUUGAAGUUUAGAGCCGCUGUAGAUGCUAUUCCAGAAGCAUCAUUCAUGUGGUUGUGGAACAACUUCGAACUGAAACGAAAUCAAAACACUGCUAUUGACAGAGUGGCUCAAAAUGUUUCAGAGUUGAAUUUGCAGAAAGUUCAACCUGGAAAGUACGAAGUUGUUGCCAGAAAUGAUAUGGGUCAAGAUUCAUGUUCUUGUAAAGUAAUAGUGGAAUAUGAACAGAAAGCUCAGCCACCUCCUCCCCCUCCAAAAAUUGUCAAAACCCUUGAGGAAGAGACUUGGUUUGAGGAGGGCAAGGAGACGAGGCUAGAAGUUGUGGCAUCAGGAUCUCCUCCGUUCAGUUUUAUUUGGUUCGCGAACGGAGUACAACUAGCAAAUGAUGGAAUGACACAGAUUAUAGUAGAAGGCAAUAGAUCACUACUUGUUAUGAGGAGGGAGUUUGAAGACAAUACCGUUAUUGCCGUGGAAGUUCAUGACCAUUACGGUAAGAAUCGCUCGCAGACGGUUAUAAGGAAAGUAAUUCGUGAAGAGAAGCCUAUGGAGAAGAAGAAGGAGAUGGCAGCAGAGCUUCCGAUCAAAACUGAAACGAAGACAAAAGCGGAGGCGAAGGAAGUGAUAAAGGAGGAAAUGAGGGCUCCAACACCAUCGAAACUUCCCAAGUUUGUGAAAGAACUUGAAAACAUGGAAUAUUUCGACGGAGACACACUCAUAGCGACUGUUCGUCUUACUGAAGACAGCGCUGACUGCACUUUCGGCUGGUUCGGUAACGGAAUUCACAUCGUUCCUGACGACCACGUCCGGAUAGAAUCCACUCCCCGUCAGAGCACGCUGAUCAUAGAAAGCGUCGGCGAAAUGUCGGACAUACAGUUGACGGCUUCGGCUCACAACGAGUUCGGAACGACAACGUCAUCGUCCAUCUUUAAUGUUGUGAAGAGGCCAGAUGAGUCAUUCGAGAUGGUGCCCCCCGAUUUGCCAGAAGAAUCAGCACCGAAGAUCAUUGAACCUUUACACUCUGCGUCAUUUAUUGAUGGCCAACCAAUGGUCUUACGCUGCCGUAUCAGAGCCAUUCCUUCCGCCGCAGUUGUUUGGUCCAAAGACGAUGUCAACGUCGAGGAAUGGGUUAUCAACAAAGACGUAGUUACGCAGGUUCUACCUGGUGGCUAUUGCGAGCUGCUGAAUCCAGAGGUCUAUCCCGAGGAUAGUGGCUUGUACAAAUGCACAGCAACAAAUCCUCAUGGCCGAGCUGAAACUGCAGCGUACAUCAACAUCGAAGGUGUUACUUAUCGCAAAGAUCGCGAAGAGGCCUCUGCCAGCGAGACUAUGUCAGGAGCUGUCGAUGAAGCUACGGUAGUGCCGAUGCCACCUAAGUUUGUUGAGGAAUUGACGGCUGAAACGGAUGGAGCGCAUCAGCUGAACUACGUCAGAUUAUUAUGCAGAAUCCGCAGUGGCGCUCAAACAACUGUAACAUGGUGGAAGGAUGAUGUUGAAAUUCAACCAAGCAGAAAAUACGAGUUCCAUAGAUUCUCUGACGGAGCCUUGAUUCUUACUAUUUACGGACCUUCUACGUCUGACAAUGGCACUUACACCUGCAAAGCGGAAUCGGAGCAUGGUGUAAGCAGUAGCAGUUGCGAGAUGUUGGUUCCACCGACUACGUCUACUACGGUAACAGCGGAUACGGUAACCGAAACAUCAACGGAGACCACAAGCGUUGUCGAGUCAGCAUCACCCGUGCAAGUGACAGAGUCGGUUAAGGAAGAUUUUGUUGCCACCACGGAAAUCACCAAGCACGAAGAAGAAUACAAACUUCUGGUGAAAGUAGCUGACAGUGUUGCGAGCACCCUUGUUGCCAACGUAUUUGUUGAUGCCGUUCGUGAAGCUGUGAGAAGAAUUAUGAUCGAGGAAAGCGAGGAAGAGGAAGAAAUCGUCACUGUUGACGCUCCGAGAUUUGAAACCUCGAUAGAACGAUAUGUUGUCCAUGAAAACGAGACAGUCACUAUUAGCACUGUUGUAACCGGAACUCCGACACCGUUCAUCGAAUGGUACUUCAAAGACAAAAAACUUCAAGUCAGCGAGAAUGUCAGCAUGGGUUAUGAAAAUAAAGUCGCAACUCUGAUACUGAAAAACGUCACCAAAACACAGGAAGGCACUUAUUACUGCCAUGCAACAAAUGUUCACGGAACAACAGUACUACCCAGUGAAGUUAGGGUCUUACCUGGUAAAGCAAGCGACACAAUUCGUUUGACCUUAGCCAAGUACAACAAGCGCGAGGAAGGCGAACAACUUGUCACCAAUAUCUUCGCCUACCAUAAAGAAGAGCAAUUCGAGGAAGCCAUCAAGCUGCAUGCGCCCGAUAAGGCCAGCGAAUCGGCCAAGUUUGCUGCUGUACCUGCCAAGCCUUCUGAAGAAGUUCAAAUCCCACCAGCGGAGGAAUUGCGACCACCUCGCCCAGCACCAGUAAGCAUACCCAUAAUUGUUCAUCCAGCCGAAGAAAGUCGUCUUCCGGUGUUGAUGCACCCGACAGCAGCUGAGCUCGUAGUGCCAGCGACGCAUGAAGAGGAACCUCUGAGAGGAGAGCAGUCUGGUGUCACCGUUCCCGUGGUCACUGAGGAGAAGGUGCGGGAAGAAGAGAGACCAGAUGCAGUCGAGCAGUUAGCAAAAGAAAUAGCAUCUGCAGCCAUUAAGUCCGUCUAUGAAGUGAUUCCAGUUGUUGUUGUACAAGAAGCUGAGAUUCCAACUGUAGCCGUUCAUCUUGCUGAAGGGACUGGGGUUAUCGCAGAAACAAGAGCAGAGGUCAAAACAGAAGAAGUUUUCGUUCCCGAGACUACACAAGAACUACGAGCACCUACGGUAGCUGCUCAGCCACCUGAACAACCCAUUGAGGGACGCCCUGAAUCGAAAGUAGUCGCAGAAGUGGUCCCAACCCUGAUCCAAGAAACCGAAAUACCUACUAUGACUGUGCAAAUGUCUGACAGACCUCUUGAAGAGGCUCCAGUUCCGGCACCAAGGACGGUCAGAGAGACUGUUCCAGUGAAGGCCCAUGAAGCAGGAGUACCAACAGUAGCCGUACAAUUAUCGGAAAAGCCUUCCGAAGAGGUGUCGCCUCCAGCUCCUAAAUCAGUGGAAGAAGUUGUUCCCAUUACAGCCCAGGAAACAGAAGUGCCUUCUGUAACCGUUCAGCUACCAGAAGAACUUUCUGCUGAAGCAAGGAUGAUCGAGAAAGUGCCCGCUCCUCAAGCGGUGGAAGAAGUCGUUCCCAUAAAUGCUCAAGAAGCGGAAGUGCCCUCUGCUGAAGCAAAGACGAUCAGUGAAGUACCCGCUCCCAAGGCGGUGGAUGAAGUCAUUCCUGUGAAUGCUCAGGAAGCAGAAGUGCCAACGUUGGUAGUGCAGCUUGGAGAACAGUCACCUGUUGGAGCACAGCCCUCCAUUUCUGGUGUAGCUGCUGGAAUCGUACCCGUACUUACAAAAGAUAUCGAAGUAGUACCCACUGAAACAGUGCAUCUGCCAGCGGAGGCGCGGACAACCGAAGAAGCGAAACCAGCUGCACCGAAAACAGUCGAAAAAGUUAUUCCCGUUCAUACUCAAGAAGGAGAAGUUUCUACCAUAGCCGUACAACUUGCAGGAGUACCUCAAGCGACAGAAGCCGUUGCCAUUCCAAAAUCUGUAGAAGAAGUAGUCCCCUUGACCAUCCACGAAGCGGAAACUCCUACUGCCACUGUUCAAAUGCCAGAAAAGCCUUCCACUGGGGAGGAGACGAAGAUUGAAGGUGCAUCAGUUGAGGUAACUGCAUUGCCAGCCAAGGAAUCGGAGGGAGGUGCCCAAAUGAUUGUGCCAUCCGAAGAAGUCCAAAAGAUAUCCCAAGAAUUCCGAAAGCAAGAAGAACGGCAGGAUGUUGGUGCCGAAGAAGUACCAGCUGUGCAAGAGACUGAAGUGCCAGCGCAACCACCAGUACCGCCACCACGAAAACUGCUCGACGAGAAAAAAGAGCAAGCAACAGAGCAACUCACUACUGAAUCUACGAUUAAGAUGAAAACGGCAACACCCGAAAUGGAAGAAAGUCAAGAAGAAGUUCGAACUGAUUUGCAUAUCGAAGGAGCAUCGGAUAAGGUGGCUACUGUCGAAAAACAGAUGGAAUCUGCUACUUUCGCAAAAGUCACACAUGCAAAGACGGAAAACAUCGUCGUCACUGCAAUUUCUCCAAUAGAGCAGUUUAGCGAAGAGUCUACAACCAUAGAUGCAAGGCGGCCAAAUGCUCAUUUCAGUCAUGCGGUCACUGUAGUAGAGCCUGAGGUCGUCCAACUCGGGCUUCAUUUGCCCGCACCAAGUGUUCCAUCGAUGAAGUUCAUCGACUUGGAGACAAUACUCCAACGACCUGGAACAUCAUCAAGCGCGAACACACUCAUUUCGUCGCCAGCAAGAGGCUCAGCAAACGCUGAACAUCGAAUCGUUGUUUUAGAGGGAACAUCGCAACAAUUCCAGCAUGCAAUGACGCUGAGCCUGAAAAAGGUUCAGCGUCUUGCUAUGGAAUCAGCGGAACCCUCAUUAUUCACUCAAAUAGAAGUCGUUAAGCCUAACGAGGCAAAAGAAGCAGUUGUCAGGAUAGAAGACGCCGAAAAAAUCAUUCCAGAUCUACUUCGGGUAGCAGCUGCAGCAUCCAAGCUAAAGCUCGAGAAUGUAACAGUCAGCCUGGUGAGGCAACCGGAUACUGCACAUCAUGAACUCGUGAUCGAAUACGAAAGCCAUAUAGAAGACAGCGCCGAAUUCAAUCUUUCUCAACUCAUUUACACUCAGCCUCAAGAGGAGGAAGAGACUCCAGAAGUUUGGUCGCGUCGUUCACGUUAUUCAGAAGUCGACGAGAAUGUCGUUGCUGUUUUCGUCGAGGUAGAUGCAAAUUGUCCGGACCAGAACGUUGAAAUAUUAGCUACUGUGAAUGCACCUCAAGAAGCGAGGGUCGCCAGCGAACGGACACCUUCGCCUGACAUUAUAGAGUUGUCGGAAUCAAUGACCGAAUCAUCUAAUGCUGCAGGGUUACAGCAACCUAAAUUUGUGCGAACCCUCACAGAUGGUAGUGCUGUUGUUGGGAAACCAGCCCAAUUCAAGUGUAUAGUUAGUGGUAUGCCUAUACCAGAUGUUCGGUGGUAUGUCGAUGGUGACGCUAUUCAACAUUCUCGGGAGUACGAUAUUGUAUAUGAAGAUGGUGUCUGUAUAUUACGAAUAAACGAAGUAUUACCCGAAGAUGAAGGAGAAUACAGUUGCGAGGCGUCAAAUACAGUAGGAAAAGCAGAAACGAAAUGCUUCCUGAAAGUGCUCGACGGUAACCGACAACAACGUUAUGUAGAACAUGCUCCUUCGAUAGUCGAGCUUGUCGACGAUCCGUUCGACUCGUUUGAUUCCUUUGAGUUUGAAGAGCAGAAGGCGAACAGGCUCUUCCCGGAUCCGGACUCACUCAGUCGCUCAUCGAUCACCUACAACUCGGAGUUCGACCUGUCGAGGAUCGCAAGCUACAACGAGAACAUGCUAGAAACAAACGCAUUCUAUAGGUAUUUUGACACAGCCGAAACCUCCACCACAUUGGUAGAAGGCGUGCUGCCUGUGAGAGUAUCUGCCACCUUGCAUGUUCCCUUUGCAAAGAGCCAGGGGGCAUAUGCAUAUCUUAAUGCAUAUUUUUCAAAAGCCGUCCCUACAGCCACUGCUUCAAGCGAAAUUCCCAUCAAAAUGGCUGAAGCUUGCAAUUUUUCCGUUGCAUCAUCCUCGCUGACCCAGUUGGAAAUUCUCGAUGAUCUUCAAACAUUGCUUUCCUCUAUCGAGAAAAGCUCCUUCACUGAAAGCGAGCAACAGCUUAUAGACGAACUGCGGGAGCCUAGGGAGGCAGACCUGCCUCUGAAAAUGUCCUACAAGGGUCAUGAAAUUACAGCCUCCACAAGCGAGGUAGAGAAAGAAGAAUUGGUGAGAAACAAAAAUGGCGAACUUGAAAUUGCUAAGAAGACGUGUCUGGAGACGUCUAUACAGUUCGAUGCAGAACUUGACAUAGCUCAGUCAAUCAAAAAGAUAUCCAGAGCUAUGCUAGAAACCGUGGAGGAUGAUGAGCCAGCAUUAAAUCUAGAUACCUUAGAUAACCAUAAAGAGGGUGUUUACGAUAAUUUGGUUCCCAUACGGAACUAUCCCUCUUCCGGCUAUGAUACAUUCAGCUCCAAGUCUCAAUAUGAACAGCAGCGAGCUCAGUCGACGAAACCAGCACCUCGCUUGCUAAUUGACGCAGGAAAAUCGGCUUCUGAAGGGUUCAGCAGCAAAGCAUUCGACCCUGAAUUCAUUAAUAAAAUGAAGGAGAUCGAGAGAAUUGCCCGUCAGGUUGACGCUGAACUCGGACAGAUCACUUCCCCUCAUCCGGUGGCGCCUUCGGGCGAAGAUGCAAAAGAAAUCGAAGACGCGAUUUUCAAAAUUUCCGACGAACUUUUGCACUCGCGUCCCAUAACAGAGGCGCAAGCAGAAGCUAGUGAGGAGUUACUCAGAACAACGCUAGCUGACAUGAUUUUGAACCCUACUAGAACAGCUGAGGAAGAAAUGGAACUGAUGAGGCGGCCUAUUAGGCUGCUAAAAAGAAAACUGUCGGACUUUGAAAACUCGCUAAUGGAAGAUGUGGAAGUGACAAAGAUCACUGAGCAGUCACUUGUACCAUCUGCGGUCAUAUCGCCUAUCGAAGAUGGCUCUGAUCUAAUUGCGAAAACUCGUGUGCCCAGCGCAGAUUACCUUAGAGUGACACCAUUAACAACGAACAUCAAGGAGCAAUUGUCGUGCCUUGAGGAGAUGAUAAAUAGCAUGGGUACUGAAGCCAUUGAAAGGGGCUCAAAGGAACAAACACCCUCUGAUUCGUCAAGGAGCGGUACUCGAAAGAAGCGUGAACUUCACGACCUGCUUGUGCAGAUAAAUAAUGAAAUGAACACGAUAAAGUCAUUCUGCAAAUCGAAGCUCUCCAAAAAAGGAACCGAUACCGUAGUGUCAGUACUUCAAAAGGUCAAAGCACAUGUGAAUAGCAUAGUAAAUGUAAUCUCGAUUUCAAAGAGGAAGCAGGAAACUCAAAAAUAUGAUGCGUACACAUCAUUGAAUUUGGAAUUCUUCCGUUCUCCAGCCAAAGAAAGGAUCGAUGCAAUCAUGUUCUACAAAAAGACCUCGCUAGAAUCUUCCAUGGUCCAACAGACGUCGACGGCUGCAUCAACUAGCGACGACACAUGGAGGUAUUCGACAGAGCUGAAAACAUCCAUCGAUAAAACUUCAGAAAGUAAAUCCGAGUCGAAAGCGGAACGAAAAUCGUCAGAGGAGACAUUGAAAGCUGAGCCUAUACCAAAACCGCCACCACGAAGACGACGCACUCAGAGCGCAGAGCCCGAGUGCGAGAGCAUUGACAUUCCUGUUCGCCCUCCAAGAAACAAGAAGAGUUUAGAAAAGCGCGAUCAUUCACUGGACAGCCGACUGAAGCCGGUUGAGAAGAAGAAAUCCGCGACUUUGCCACCUCCUGUGACACCCCCACGCAAGCCUAAAAGAUCCUUGGCGAGUGACACAAUCCACUUCUUGAGAAAUCUCGCCUGCACCAAAUCGCAGAAACAUUCUGAUGAGAUGAAGAAGCCCUUACUCAUGGAUCUUAGCCAGUCUGACAUUUCACAACAAAGUGAUGGUGUGGUGUCAGAGCCUGAUUGGGUUCAGUCUAAGGUAAAUGCUUCACUGAAGAGAGGCGCUGAGAAGGUCAAAGUCGACCACGAUAUUGACAUAGAGACCUCGAAAAGCUCGUACGAAACGGAAGUGACCCAAUCUGUGGAAAAGCCGAACACUGAGCAGAAGCCUACGGAGGAGCCGUUUGCGCAUGAAGAGAAUGUGCAGACUAACUUUGAAAGUAGCGUGGUCUCUGCCGGUUCUGCCUUACACUUCGAGGCAAACACAGUUGUAGACGUGCCAUUGCUAAGUGUCGUAACAAUCUCUGGAAACGUUCUAGCCGAUGAUGGCGCAACAUCUGUUCAGCUGCUGUGUGAGGAAUCUGACUAUGCAACUGACACUGAUACAUCGGCACUACUCCGAGGCACAGUACAGUUCUUCAAUAGAAACUCUCCAUUGGAAACACUACGGUCAAGUACUUCUCUCAGUGUUUCGCAAAGAAGCUCCAAGAUUCUUCCGGAUGCACCCGAAAACGAAACCGACGGCUGUGCAGAGAUCAGUGUCACUCUGGAUCUACGUAAGAGAUCACCAGUUGAUGUCGAAGAAGUUGUAACGCACCUAGCAAACCCAUCAGAAGUUCCAAAAUUAGACGAACAGGAUUCUUUGGCUGCCACAGGAUCCGCAAGAACCUCCACAGCAGACGAAACGAUCCAUCUUGUAGUGGAAGAGACUCUUCUGUCGCAAAUGGCUUCAUCAGCACCGACAGAUGACACUGGCAGAUCACUCACGUCCUCCCCUACCUCAAAGGGAGUAAUCAGAGAGACCGACAUUCUCAGUGAUGAAUCGGUGUCUGUAAUGACGGAAAUCAGUCAAAGCAUUACCGAUGCUGUGGACCAGACAUUCACUUUCGUCCGAGCAAAUGCAAGGAAGCGGCUCAUAGCGAUAGUUUACCUAGACAUCCGACAGUUUGCGCGAGCCAACAUUGCAGCCGAUAACACCUUUGAUGUUGAGAUUUUCCAAGAACCAGAGAAUUCGGCAUUGCUUAUCAAAGUAAUCGAAGAUCAAGUAGACUGCACGUCUCUCACCGGCGUAGAGGAGAGUACAGAAUUUGGUGGAGCUAUUACCUACGACGAAUUCAUGGAGAACAGCUCAAAUGAUGAAAAUGAUGAGACUAGAACAGGCAUCUCCAUAUCGAUAAUAGCAAGGAGUUUGCAUGAUGGCAUUUAUGCCUCGCUGGAGGAGAUACCUUGGGGAGAGGUGGAGAUGACUCUACCAGAGUGUGACACUAUGACUAAAAGUAUGGAAGAUGAGUCAAAGAACUCUGUACAGUUCAAUGUGACGGUAUCAGAAUCGAAUCCGGAUGAGAGGAAGUCGCUUCGUUCGCAGGUCUCGCUCACCCAUUCUCAAAAUUCAAUUUCGGAAAUUGAUAAUACGCUCAGCACUGGUAGCAUUAACAUUCCAAGCUAUGUUAUCAAGCUAGGAUCAACAGCGACGAUCACAUGUGAGCUCAACAAUUACCUACCAAAAGAUAGCAAAAUAGAAUGGUACAAGGGGAACUCGCAGAUCGAGAAAUGUCCUGGCAAACUGGAUCGCAUAAGCCAUGAUUUGCUCGAGGUGCUUAUAAUCAACGAUGUACAAAUGGAAGACAAUGAGUUAUACAGUCUCAAAGUCAAUGACGAUAUCUUCCCCGUGGCAUAUUUGAUUGUGGAGGGACCUUCAACGGAAGAUUUGGGGAGAAUACUCACUCCACCGCAGACACAGUUUGUGAUGGAGGGUCAGCCGACGGUCAUCAUGUGUCAAGUGAGCAAUCCAAGACAGGCGGUCGAGUGGUUGAAAGACCGAAAACCGCUAGAGGAGAGCUCCCGUUUGCAGCUGGAACUGUGCGAAGACGGCUGGAACCGCGUGGUGUUUCUGCAGACGAAAAUGUCGGAUCAGGGCACGUACUUCGCAGUGCUCGGUCAGCAUAGUGUAGCAAUAACCCUGGUUGUCGAAGAGCGUAUCGAUGAGAAGGAGGUCACAGUGGUCGCGUCAGGCACCGAGAGCGAGGAUGACGACGUUCAGGAGUAUCUCGUUCCGCCAGGAAGCACGGCCACAAUCGCUUGCGAGCUCGAGGACGGCGACCGCGUGCAUACCCUGAUUUGGCUCAAAAAUGGCCAACAAAUUAUCUUCACUGACCCCAAUAAAAUGGAGCAUGUCGUAAAUGGCCUUAAGCAUUAUCUUGUCAUCCAUGACACGUGCCCCAAGGAUUCCGGUGUCUACAGCGUUUCCAUUUCGAACACCGAAUUCCGUGUGGCUCAUUUGGUCGUGAAUGACUUGGCCACAUCUUCUCAAGCGGAGGAGCCGACUGAAGAGACGUUUGUACCAGCAGGUGCAAUAGCCACUAUCAAUUGUGAAACCAUCACAGAAGAGCACAAUAUCGAGUGGUUGAAGGAAGGAGAACGGAUCAACUUGAAUAGAGGUGAAGGCAAGGAACUCGAGAGCAGAUUCGUUGCUGAUGAUUCGGAGGAUGGUCAUCAUCAUUCCCUAACGAUAGUCUCAAUCGAACCAGCUGAUGCUGGCGAGUAUGGCGUCAUCAUCGAUGGUGUGUACACCAUUGUUACGAAGAUUGUCGUGACAGACUCGGAAGUUUUCACGCAAUCCAUUUUUGAAGAACCCGAAGUUGACGUCUGCUUGCAAAUGUACUCGGUGAAAGACACUGCAAGCGUAGAUAUGGGUGAAGCUGCUGUCCCGGGAGAAAAAGUGGUGAAAGAAAAAGCUUCUUUCACCACUCAGGAAGAUCAAAUAUUGGAAAGCGAAUUCGAGAUAGUCGACAUUCCUUAUGACGAUGAAAAGGAGAAAGAAAAGGAGGCUGCUCCGCAAGUUGAUGAAGCGGCUCGCGAAGCUGCUUUGGCGGUUGCAUCAGCAAUCAUGGAGAAUUUGCUGCAAGAAUCAUAUGUAGAGUACGGAGAAGUGCAACGAAGGGCCAGCGAUGCACAGAAGAAGGAAAGUGGAGCCACGACUCCAUUAUCCGAACAGUUUGAGGAAAUCGCCGAGAUCAACAUCGAACUUCCAACAUCUGACGAGGAGAUGCCGUCUCCUAUGGAGAAACAACAGCACGAAGAGACUUUGAUAGAACUUAGCUGCGAGGAACACGACUAUGUGAAGCUUUUGGUUGAGGAGUCUAUUGAUGCUGCUAUGAAAGAUUUAUCAGCUAUGUCUACUCUGCAAGAGGCUCAAGGUCCUUCGGCACCAUCAAUUCCUAUCGAACAACCAUCUGGAGCGCCAGAGGUACAAGUUGAAGAAGCCACAAAAGGUGAACCGACUCCAGCGCCAGAGCUUCUGAAGGCUCAUGCGGAAGAAGUAUUGGUUUCUUUGGAACUUCAUCGAGAUCAAACGAGCUAUUCAACAGAACUUUCCGUACCAAGAGCUAGGAAGUGCAAGCUGACUGUCUUCCUCACAUUUGAUGAAGGCUACGAUUCGUUGCCUAUCCAAGAAGUGCAACUUCAGAUUGAAUUGCAGAAGCCGCCACAGUCCGAGACCACCGAACAGAUACUGUCGCAGAUAAUGUACGAAGAUGAUGAAGCUUCGACGAUCGAUGACACAUUGACUUCAUUGUCAAGCAGCUGUCUUUAUACUCCACCGGACUUUGUGGAUCCUUUGAAGGAAACCUACGAGGUUCUUGAGAACACACGCGCUUUAUUGAAAGUGGUAGUAAAAGGAGUCCCUCUGCCACGGAUAUCAUGGUUUCUGAACGACAACAUCAUAAGACCAGAGAAGAACGUCGUGAACAUUGUGUGCGAGGAUGGCGUCAGCUUCUUGGAAAUAUACGAGUGUAGCGAAAGGUGGAAUGGCAUUCUUACCUGCGAAGCUACAAAUUCUGCCGGUUGUUGUAAAGUCUCAACGAUACUCUCAACCAUACGCGCAGAACCAACAGAACGCCCGGUAGAGAUUCACCUUACGAAUGUUCCCUGCCAAGCAGACACUGAAAUCACGCUACCAGGAGGAGAAAGUGGCGAUUUCGAAAAAGCUAUGUACAGAGUUGGGGAAGAAACCGAAAGACCUCCUUCUGUUUCCUGGUCGAUUUCACCUUCAGAAAGGAGCUUUUCUGAAACGAGCACGUCAUCAGCUGCAGGACAGAAACCUAGUUUUGUCCUCAGAAUGCCAGCGCAGAUCUAUACAAAGGUCAACGAGAACAUACAACUAAAGUGCGUUUUCUCCGGACAACCUCUUCCGGCUGUUACUUGGGAAAAAGAUGGAAAUCUUGUCGAUUUGAACAAGAACUAUACGAUCGUUACUGAAGAUGGCAUAACAAUGCUACGGUUGGAGUGCACAAGUUUGGAUGAUAAUGCGAUAUUCUCUUGCACAAUAGCUAACAGUUUUGGUAUGACAACAACGCAAUGCAAAGUGAUAGUUGAAGAUGAUGUACUUGUCCACAAAUCAGUGGGAACCAGAGUGAUUUGCGAUCGCGAAAGCGAAAGCGCUGAUAUACAAGCAGUGCUCAAUACAACUUCGCAAUCUCAAACACAAUUGUCACUAUUCGCUACUCCGUCACAGGAGAUGAAAGAUGAAGCAGAGGAAGAACUAUUUUCUUCUUCAACAUCAUCAGCCGGAGAAGCGCCUCGCUUCGUUCUACCUCUUGAAAACGGUUCUUUCAAAGGAAACAAAUGUGAUCUCAAAUGUAUAGUCACGGCUACGCCUUUAGCUGAAGUAGAAUGGAGCGUUAACGAUGAGCACGUGUCCGAAGAUUCGAGCCAUCAUGUGAUAUACGAAGACGGAAUUGCCAUCCUACAGAUUCGCAAUAUAUCAUACGACGAGCUCAGAGUAUCCUGCUCUGCUUCAAACACUUAUGGAACAACCGUAACCAAAUGUCAACUCACAAGAACUACUCCUGAAGAGGAUAUCUCUGAGAGAGGACAGAAACCCUACUUUAUUCUACCUCUUAAAGACAUUGUGACAUACGAGCGCGCAGUCCAGCUGAAAUGCGUCGUAUGCGGAGAACCAACGCCAACGGUGACAUGGUUUGUGGACGAUGUACAGUUACAAGAAGGGACUGAACAGGCGAUAUAUGAGGAUGGAGUGGCAAUACUGUUACUGGAACUUCGCGAAAAAGACGAAACUAGGAUAACGUGUGUAGCUCAAAACGAAAUGGGAAGCUGCACGACUACUGCAAAGGUCACCGUCCAAACCAAUGAGGAGGAAAUGACACUGUCAGAGGGAAAACCUGGACCUGGGAGCAAGCCAUUAUCUCUUGGAGGUACCGAACAUAACGAAAAGUUUUCCUCUGCCAUUGACAGGCCUGGGUCUUACGACGAAAAGUUUGCAGCACCUGAGGAAAAAUACGAAUGUGAAACACAAGAAAAAACAAAAAAGCAGACACUUCAGGAAAGGGAACAAAGAGAUGAGAUUUCCACAACCCCGCCAACUACAGUCGUGCAAAAAGCUCAUGCGAAACCUGGGGAAAUACCCGAGAAGAAGGAGGAAGAGAAGCUCAAGGAAGAGGCUGUUGCGAAGAAAAAAGUGCUCGCAGAGGCGAUGGUCACCGCCGAAGUAGAGCUUGCUAAACAGGAGUCACACUCUGGCCUUGAGAUUGAUCUUGUCGUCAAUAUCUUUGAAAGUCUCACUUCUACUGUCACCUCGCCUAAGAAGAAGGCCAAAGUUGCAGAAAAACCAAUUGAAGAGAAGGCAAGGGAAGAGCUCAAGCCCAAGGAAGAGGAAGAGGUCGAGCCUAAGGAAGAGGCCAAGAAGAAGAAGGAAGAGAAGCCCAAGGAAGAUGUCAAGCCUAAAGAAGAAGAGAAACCAAAGGAAGAUCUCAAGCCUAAGGAAGAGGUGAAACCCAAGGAAGAGGCCAAGAAGAAGAAGGAGGAGAAACCCAAGGAAGAAGUCAAGCCUAAAGAAGAGGAGAAGCCAAAGGAAGAGCUCCAGCCUAAGGAAGAAGUGAAGCCCAAGGAAGAGGCCAAGAAGAAGAAGGAAGAGAAACCCAAGGAAGAUGUCAAGCCUAAAGAAGAGGAGAAACCAAAGGAAGAGCUCAAGCCUAAGGAAGAGGUGAAACCCAAGGAAGAGGCCAAGAAGAAGAAGGAAGAGAAGCCCAAGGAAGAGGUCAAGCCCAAAGAAGAGAAACCAAAAGAAGAGCUCAAGCCUAAGGAAGAGGUGAAAAACAAGGAAGAGGCCAAGAAGAAGAAGGAGGAGAAACCCAAGGAAGAAGUCAAGCCUAAAAAAGAAGAGAAACCAAAGGAAGAGCUCAAGCCUAAGGAAGAGGUGAAACCCAAGGAAGAGGCCAAGAAGAAGAAGGAGGAGAAACCCAAGGAAGAAGUCAAGCCUAAAGAAGAGGAGAAGCCAAAGGAAGAACUAAAGCCUAAGGAAGAGGUGAAACCCAAGGAAGAGGCCAAGAAGAAGAAGGAGGAGAAGCCCAAGGAAAAAGUCAAGCCUAAAGAAGAAGAGAAACCAAAGGAAGAGCUCAAGCCUAAGGAAGAGGUGAAACCCAAGGAAGAGGCCAAGAAGAAGAAGGAGGAGAAACCCAAGGAAGAAGUCAAGCCUAAAGAAGACGAGAAGCCAAAGGAAGAGCUCCAGCCUAAGGAAGAAGUGAAGCCCAAGGAAGAGGCCAAGAAGAAGAAGGAGGAGAAACCCAAGGAAGAAGUCAAGCCUAAAGAAGAGGAGAAACCAAAGGAAGAGCUCAAGCCUAAGGAAGAGGUGAAACCCAAGGAAGAGGCCAAGAAGAAGAAGGAAGAGAAGCCCAAGGAAGAGGUCAAGCCCAAAGAAGAGAAACCAAAAGAAGAGCUCAAGCCUAAGGAAGAGGUGAAACCCAAGGAAGAGGCCAAGAAGAAGAAGGAGGAGAAACCCAAGGAAGAAGUCAAGCCUAAAGAAGAAGAGAAACCAAAGGAAGAGCUCAAGCUUAAGGAAGAGGUGAAACCCAAGGAAGAGGCCAAGAAGAAGAAGGAGGAGAAACCCAAGGAAGAAGUCAAGCCUAAAGAAGAAGAGAAACCAAAGGAAGAGCUCAAGCUUAAGGAAGAGGUGAAACCCAAGGAAGAGGCCAAGAAGAAGAAGGAGGAGAAACCCAAGGAAGAGGUCAAGCCCAAAGAAGAAGAGAAACCAAAGGAAGAGCUCAAGCCUAAGGAAGAGGAAGAGGUCGAGCCUAAGAAAGAGGCCAAGAAGAAGAAGGAAGAGAAGCCCAAGGAAGAUGUCAAGCCUAAAGAAGAAGAGAAACCAAAGGAAGAGCUCAAGCCUAAGGAAGAGGUGAAACCCAAGGAAGAGGCCAAGAAGAAGAAGGAGGAGAAACCCAAGGAAGAAGUCAAGCCUAAAGAAGAAGAGAAACCAAAGGAAGAGCUCAAGCCUAAGGAAGAGGUGAAACCCAAGGAAGAGGCCAAGAAGAAGAAGGAGGAGAAACCCAAGGAAGAAGUCAAGCCUAAAGAAGAGGAGAAGCCAAAGGAAGAACUAAAGCCUAAGGAAGAGGUGAAACCCAAGGAAGAGGCCAAGAAGAAGAAGGAGGAGAAGCCCAAGGAAAAAGUCAAGCCUAAAGAAGAAGAGAAACCAAAGGAAGAGCUCAAGCCUAAGGAAGAGGUGAAACCCAAGGAAGAGGCCAAGAAGAAGAAGGAGGAGAAACCCAAGGAAGAAGUCAAGCCUAAAGAAGAGGAGAAGCCAAAGGAAGAACUAAAGCCUAAGGAAGAGGUGAAACCCAAGGAAGAGGCCAAGAAGAAGAAGGAGGAGAAGCCCAAGGAAAAAGUCAAGCCUAAAGAAGAAGAGAAACCAAAGGAAGAGCUCAAGCCUAAGGAAGAGGUGAAACCCAAGGAAGAAGCCAAGAAGAAGAAGGAGGAGAAACCCAAGGAAGAAGUGAAGCCUAAAGAAGAGGAGAAGCCAAAGGAAGAGGUGAAACCCAAGCAAGAAGCCAAGAAGAAGAAGGAGGAGAAUCCCAAGGAGGAGCUCGUAGUAAAGAAGAAGGAGCUAGCCGAGGCAACAGUCAGCGCCGAAGUAGAGCUUGCUAAGAAGGAGUCUCGAUCUGGUCUUGAAAUUGAGCUUGUCGUUAACAUCUUCGAGAGCCUCACUUCUACUGUCACCUCACCUAAGAAGAAGGCCAAAGUCACAGAAAAACUAAUAGAAGAGAAGCCCAAGGAAGAGGUCAAGCCUAAGGAAGAGGCCAAGAAGAAGAAGGAAGAGAAGCCCAAGGAAGAAGUCAAGCCUAAAGAAGAGGAGAAACCAAAGGAAGAGCUCAAGCCUAAGGAGGAGGUAAAACCCAAGGAAGAGGCUAAGAAGAAGAAGGAAGAGAAGCCCAAGGAAGAAUUCAAGCCUAAAGAAGAGGAGAAACCAAAGGAAGAGGCCAAGAAGAAGAAGGAGGAGAAACCCGAGGAAGAAGUGAAACCUAAAGAAGAAGAGAAGCCAAAGGAAGAACUAAAGCCUAAGGAAGAGGUAAAACCCAAGGAAGAGGCUAAGAAGAAGAAGGAGGAGAAACCCAAGGAAGAGGUCAAGCCUAAGGAAGAGGCGAAACCCAAGGAAGAGGCCAAGAAGAAGAAGGAGGAGAAACCCAAGGAGGAGCUCGUAGUAAAGAAGAAGGAGCUAGCCGAGGCAACAGUCAGCGCCGAAGUAGAGCUUGCUAAGAAGGAGUCUCGAUCUGGUCUUGAAAUUGAGCUUGUCGUUAACAUCUUCGAGAGCCUCACUUCUACUGUCACCUCACCUAAGAAGAAGGCCAAAGUCACAGAAAAACUAAUAGAAGAGAAGCCCAAGGAAGAGGUCAAGCCUAAGGAAGAGGCCAAGAAGAAGAAGGAAGAGAAGCCCAAGGAAGAAGUCAAGCCUAAAGAAGAGGAGAAACCAAAGGAAGAGCUCAAGCCUAAGGAGGAGGUAAAACCCAAGGAAGAGGCUAAGAAGAAGAAGGAAGAGAAGCCCAAGGAAGAAUUCAAGCCUAAAGAAGAGGAGAAACCAAAGGAAGAGGCCAAGAAGAAGAAGGAGGAGAAACCCAAGGAAGAAGUCAAGCCUAAAGAAGAGGAGAAACCAAAGGAAGAGCUCAAGCCUAAGGAAGAGGUGAAACCCAAGGAAGAGGCCAAGAAGAAGAAGGAGGAGAAGCCCAAGGAAGAAGUCAAGCCUAAAGAAGGGGAGAAACCAAAGGAAGAGCUCAAGCCUAAGGAAGAGGUGAAACCCAAGGAAGAGGCCAAGAAGAAGAAGGAGGAGAAACCCAAGGAAGAACUGAAGCCUAAGGAAGAGGCGAAACCCAAGGAAGAGGCCAAGAAGAAGAAGGAGGAGAAACCCAAGGAGGAGCUCAUAGUAAAGAAGAAGGAGCUAGCCGAGGCAACAGUCAGCGCCGAAGUAGAACUUGCUAAGAAGGAGUCUCGAUCUGGUCUUGAAAUUGAGCUUGUCGUUAACAUCUUCGAGAGCCUCACUUCUACUGUCACCUCACCUAAGAAGAAGGCCAAAGUCACAGAAAAAUUAAUAGAAGAGAAGCCCAAGGAAGAGGUCAAGCCCAAGGAAGAGGCCCAGAAGAAGAAGGAAGAGAAACCCAAGGAAGAAGUCAAGCCUAAAGAAGAGGAGAAACCAAAGGAAGAGCUCAAGCCUAAGGAAGAGGUGAAACCCAAGGAAGAGGCCAAGAAGAAGAAGGAGGAGAAACCCAAGGAAGAAGUCAAGCCUAAAGAAGAGGAGAAACCAAAGGAAGAGCUCAAGCCUAAGGAAGAGGUAAAACCCAAGGAAGAGGCUAAGAAGAAGAAGGAAGAGAAGCCCAAGGAAGAAUUCAAGCCUAAAGAGGAAGAGAAACCAAAGGAAGAGCUCAAGCCUAAGGAAGAGGUGAAACCCAAAGAAGAGACCAAAAAGAAGAAGGAGGAGAAACCCAAGGAAGAAGUCAAGCCUAAAGAAGAGGAGAAACCAAAGGAAGAGCUCAAGCCUAAGGAAGAGGUGAAACCCAAGGAAGAGGCCAAGAAGAAGAAGGAGGAGAAACCCAAGGAAGAAGUCAAGCCUAAAGAAGAGGAGAAACCAAAGGAAGAGCUCAAGCCUAAGGAAGAGGUGAAACCCAAGGAAGAGGCCAAGAAGAAGAAGGAGGAGAAACCCAAGGAAGAACUGAAGCCUAAGGAAGAGGUGAAACCCAAGGAAGAGGCCAAGAAGAAGAAGGAGGAGAAACCCAAGGAAGAAGUCAAGCCUAAAGAAGAGGAGAAACCAAAGGAAGAGCUCAAGCCUAAGGAAGAGGUGAAACCCAAAGAAGAGACCAAAAAGAAGAAGGAGGAGAAACCCAAGGAAGAAUUCAAGCCUAAAGAAGAGGAGAAACCAAAGGAAGAGCUCAAGCCUAAGGAAGAGGUGAAACCCAAGGAAGAGGCCAAGAAGAAGAAGGAGGAGAAACCCAAGGAAGAAGUCAAGCCUAAAGAAGAGGAGAAACCAAAGGAAGAGCUCAAGCCUAAGGAAGAGGUGACACCCAAGGAAGAGGCCAAGAAGAAGAAGGAGGAGAAACCCAAGGAAGAAGUCAAGCCUAAAGAAGAGGAGAAACCAAAGGAAGAGCUCAAGCCUAAGGAAGAGGUGAAACCCAAGGAAGAGGCCAAGAAGAAGAAGGAGGAGAAACCCAAGGAAGAAGUCAAGCCUAAAGAAGAGGAGAAACCAAAGGAAGAGCUCAAGCCUAAGGAAGAGGUGAAACCCAAGGAAGAGGCCAAGAAGAAGAAGGAGGAGAAACCCAAGGAAGAACUGAAGCCUAAGGAAGAGGUGAAACCCAAGGAAGAGGCCAAGAAGAAGAAGGAGGAGAAACCCAAGGAAGAAGUCAAGCCUAAAGAAGAGGAGAAACCAAAGGAAGAGCUCAAGCCUAAGGAAGAGGUGAAACCCAAAGAAGAGACCAAAAAGAAGAAGGAGGAGAAACCCAAGGAAGAAGUCAAGCCUAAAGAAGAGGAGAAACCAAAGGAAGAGCUCAAGCCUAAGGAAGAGGUGAAACCCAAGGAAGAGGCCAAGAAGAAGAAGGAGGAGAAACCCAAGGAAGAACUGAAGCCUAAGGAAGAGGUGAAACCCAAGGAAGAGGCCAAGAAGAAGAAGGAGGAGAAACCCAAGGAAGAAGUCAAGCCUAAAGAAGAGGAGAAACCAAAGGAAGAGCUCAAGCCUAAGGAAGAGGUGAAACCCAAAGAAGAGACCAAAAAGAAGAAGGAGGAGAAACCCAAGGAAGAAGUCAAGCCUAAAGAAGAGGAGAAACCAAAGGAAGAGCUCAAGCCUAAGGAAGAGGUGAAACCCAAGGAAGAGGCCAAGAAGAAGAAGGAGGAGAAACCCAAGGAAGAAGUCAAGCCUAAAGAAGAGGAGAAACCAAAGGAAGAGCUCAAGCCUAAGGAAGAGGUGAAACCCAAGGAAGAGGCCAAGAAGAAGAAGGAGGAGAAACCCAAGGAAGAACUGAAGCCUAAGGAAGAGGUGAAACCCAAGGAAGAGGCCAAGAAGAAGAAGGAGGAGAAACCCAAGGAAGAAGUCAAGCCUAAAGAAGAGGAGAAACCAAAGGAAGAGCUCAAGCCUAAGGAAGAGGUAAAACCCAAGGAAGAGGCUAAGAAGAAGAAGGAAGAGAAGCCCAAGGAAGAAUUCAAGCCUAAAGAAGAGGAGAAACCAAAGGAAGAGCUCAAGCCUAAGGAAGAGGUGAAACCCAAGGAAGAGGCCAAGAAGAAGAAGGAGGAGAAACCCAAGGAAGAAGUCAAGCCUAAAGAAGAGGAGAAACCAAAGGAAGAGCUCAAGCCUAAGGAAGAGGUGAAACCCAAGGAAGAGGCCAAGAAGAAGAAGGAGGAGAAACCCAAGGAAGAAGUCAAGCCUAAAGAAGAGGAGAAACCAGAGGAAGAGCUCAAGCCUAAGGAAGAGGUAAAACCCAAGGAAGAGGCUAAGAAGAAGAAGGAAGAGAAGCCCAAGGAAGAAUUCAAGCCUAAAGAAGAGGAGAAACCAAAGGAAGAGCUCAAGCCUAAGGAAGAGGUGAAACCCAAGGAAGAGGCCAAGAAGAAGAAGGAGGAGAAACCCAAGGAAGAAGUCAAGCCUAAAGAAGAGGAGAAACCAAAGGAAGAGCUCAAGCCUAAGGAAGAGGUAAAACCCAAGGAAGAGGCUAAGAAGAAGAAGGAAGAGAAGCCCAAGGAAGAAUUCAAGCCUAAAGAGGAAGAGAAACCAAAGGAAGAGCUCAAGCCUAAGGAAGAGCUGAAACCCAAGGAAGAGGCCAAGAAGAAGAAGGAGGAGAAACCCAAGGAAGAAGUCAAGCCUAAAGAAGAGGAGAAACCAAAGGAAGAGCUCAAGCCUAAGGAAGAGGUGAAACCCAAGGAAGAGGCCAAGAAGAAGAAGGAGGAGAAACCCAAGGAAGAAGUCAAGCCUAAAGAAGAGGAGAAACCAAAGGAAGAGCUCAAGCCUAAGGAAGAGCUGAAACCCAAGGAAGAGGCCAAGAAGAAGAAGGAGGAGAAACCCAAGGAAGAACUGAAGCCUAAGGAAGAGGUGAAACCCAAGGAAGAGGCCAAGAAGAAGAAGGAGGAGAAACCCAAGGAGGAGCUCAUAGUAAAGAAGAAGGAGCUAGCCGAGGCAACAGUCAGCGCCGAAGUAGAGCUUGCUAAGAAGGAGUCUCGAUCUGGUCUUGAAAUUGAGCUUGUCGUUAACAUCUUCGAGAGCCUCACUUCUACUGUCACCUCACCUAAGAAGAAGGCCAAAGUCACAGAAAAAUUAAUAGAAGAGAAGCCCAAGGAAGAGAUCAAGCCCAAGGAAGAGGCCCAGAAGAAGAAGGAAGAGAAACCCAAGGAAGAAGUCAAGCCUAAAGAAGAGGAGAAACCAAAGGAAGAGCUCAAGCCUAAGGAAGAGGUGAAACCCAAGGAAGAGGCCAAGAAGAAGAAGGAGGAGAAACCCAAGGAAGAAGUCAAGCCUAAAGAAGAGGAGAAACCAGAGGAAGAGCUCAAGCCUAAGGAAGAGGUAAAACCCAAGGAAGAGGCUAAGAAGAAGAAGAAAGAGAAGCCCAAGGAAGAAUUCAAGCCUAAAGAAGAGGAGAAACCAAAGGAAGAGCUCAAGCCUAAGGAAGAGGUGAAACCCAAGGAAGAGGCCAAGAAGAAGAAGGAGGAGAAACCCAAGGAAGAAGUCAAGCCUAAAGAAGAGGAGAAACCAAAGGAAGAGCUCAAGCCUAAGGAAGAGGUGAAACCCAAGGAAGAGGCCAAGAAGAAGAAGGAGGAGAAACCCAAGGAGGAGCUCAUAGUAAAGAAGAAGGAGCUAGCCGAGGCAACAGUCAGCGCCGAAGUAGAGCUUGCUAAGAAGGAGUCUCGAUCUGGUCUUGAAAUUGAGCUUGUCGUUAACAUCUUCGAGAGCCUCACUUCUACUGUCACCUCACCUAAGAAGAAGGCCAAAGUCACAGAAAAAUUAAUAGAAGAGAAGCCCAAGGAAGAGAUCAAGCCCAAGGAAGAGGCCCAGAAGAAGAAGGAAGAGAAACCCAAGGAAGAAGUCAAGCCUAAAGAAGAGGAGAAACCAAAGGAAGAGCUCAAGCCUAAGGAAGAGGUGAAACCCAAGGAAGAGGCCAAGAAGAAGAAGGAGGAGAAACCCAAGGAAGAAGUCAAGCCUAAAGAAGAGGAGAAACCAGAGGAAGAGCUCAAGCCUAAGGAAGAGGUAAAACCCAAGGAAGAGGCUAAGAAGAAGAAGGAAGAGAAGCCCAAGGAAGAAUUCAAGCCUAAAGAAGAGGAGAAACCAAAGGAAGAGCUCAAGCCUAAGGAAGAGGUGAAACCCAAGGAAGAGGCCAAGAAGAAGAAGGAGGAGAAACCCAAGGAAGAAGUCAAGCCUAAAGAAGAGGAGAAACCAGAGGAAGAGCUCAAGCCUAAGGAAGAGGUAAAACCCAAGGAAGAGGCUAAGAAGAAGAAGGAAGAGAAGCCCAAGGAAGAAUUCAAGCCUAAAGAAGAGGAGAAACCAAAGGAAGAGCUCAAGCCUAAGGAAGAGGUAAAACCCAAGGAAGAGGCCAAGAAGAAGAAGGAGGAGAAACCCAAGGAAGAAGUCAAGCCUAAAGAAGAGGAGAAACCAAAGGAAGAGCUCAAGCCUAAGGAAGAGGUGAAACCCAAGGAAGAGGCCAAGAAGAAGAAGGAGGAGAAACCCAAGGAAGAAGUCAAGCCUAAAGAAGAGGAGAAACCAGAGGAAGAGCUCAAGCCUAAGGAAGAGGUAAAACCCAAGGAAGAGGCUAAGAAGAAGAAGGAAGAGAAGCCCAAGGAAGAAUUCAAGCCUAAAGAAGAGGAGAAACCAAAGGAAGAGCUCAAGCCUAAGGAAGAGGUGAAACCCAAGGAAGAGGCCAAGAAGAAGAAGGAGGAGAAACCCAAGGAAGAAGUCAAGCCUAAAGAAGAGGAGAAACCAAAGGAAGAGCUCAAGCCUAAGGAAGAGGUAAAACCCAAGGAAGAGGCUAAGAAGAAGAAGGAAGAGAAGCCCAAGGAAGAGGUCAAGCCCAAAGAAGAGAAACCAAAGGAAGAGCUCAAGCCUAAGGAAGAGGUGAAACCCAAGGAAGAGGCCAUGAAGAAGAAGGAGGAGAAACCCAAGGAAGAAGUCAAGCCUAAAGAAGAGGAGAAGCCAAAGGAAGAGCUGAAGCCUAAGGAAGAGGUGAAACCCAAGGAAGAGGCCAAGAAGAAGAAGGAGGAGAAACCCAAGGAAGAAGUCAAGCCUAAAGAAGAGGAGAAACCAAAGGAAGAGCUCAAGCCUAAGGAAGAGGUGAAACCCAAGGAAGAGGCCAAGAAGAAGAAGGAGGAGAAACCCAAGGAAGAAGUCAAGCCUAAAGAAGACGAGAAAGCAAAGGAAGAGCUCAAGCCUAAGGAAGAGGUGAAACCGAAGGAAGAGGCCAAGAAGAAGAAGGAAGAGAAGCCCAAGGAAGAGGUCAAGCCCAAAGAAGAGAAACCAAAGGAAGAGCUCAAGCCUAAGGAAGAGGUGAAACCCAAGGAAGAGGCCAAGAAGAAGAAGGAGGAGAAACCCAAAGAGGAAGUCAAGCCUAAAGAAGAGGAGAAAGCAAAGGAAGAGCUCAAGCCUAAGGAAGAGGUGAAACCGAAGGAAGAGGCCAAGAAGAAGAAGAAGGAAGAGAAGCCCAAGGAAGAGGUCAAGCCUAAAGAAGAGGAGAAACCAAAGGAAGAGCUCAAGCCUAAGGAAGAGGUAAAACCCAAGGAAGAGGCUAAGAAGAAGAAGGAAGAGAAGCCCAAGGAAGAAUUCAAGCCUAAAGAGGAAGAGAAACCAAAGGAAGAGCUCAAGCCUAAGGAAGAGAUCAAGCAUAAGGAAGAGGUGAAACCCAAGGAAGAGGCCAAGAAGAAGGAGGAGAAACCCAAGGAAGAAGUCAAGCCUAAAGAAGAAGAGAAACCAAAGGAAGAGCUCAAGCCUAAGGAAGAGCUCAAGCCUAAGGAAGAGCUCAAGCCUAAGGAAGAGGUGAAACCCAAGGAAGAGGCCAAGAAGAAGAAGGAGGAGAAACCCAAGGAAGAAGUCAAGCCCAAAGAAGAGAAACCAAAGGAAGAGCUCAAGCCUAAGGAAGAGGUGAAACCCAAGGAAGAGACCAAGAAGAAGAAGGAGGAGAAACCCAAGGAAGAAGUCAAGCCCAAAGAAGAGAAACCAAAGGAAGAGCUCAAGCCUAAGGAAGAGGUGAAACCCAAGGAAGAGACCAAGAAGAAGAAGGAGGAGAAACCCAAGGAAGAAGUCAAGCCUAAAGAAGAAGAGAAACCAAAGGAAGAGCUCAAGCCUAAGGAAGAGGUACCCAAGGAAGAGGCCAAGAAGAAGGAAAAGAAACCCAAGGAAGAGGUCACAGUUUCGGUAUCUAACGCGUUUUCCUCGGCCGUAAUUGCUGAAGAUGAUUGCCUCUUUUACAUGAAAAGUGCUCGUGUACUGCGCGAGGGUGUUUCUCUAUGCGAGCCAACAUAUGUGGAUAUAGCUGUCUCAUUUUCUCUAGUGAAACAGAGAACAGAAAAGAUAGGAAUCGGUGUUAUUUUCGAAAGAAAAGGAACUACUGAAAAGUCUCCUGAGGACAAAGAAGGGAACGUUGCCCUUACUGAUGUGAUGGAAAUGGUCAAUAUUCCUCAAGAGGACACGAAAAAGAGGCGUAAGAAGAAGAAGAAAGGUACUAAGCGAGAAAAAGUGGAGAUCAAAGUCACUCCGUCUGAGGACCAAGAGGAUGGACAAAUUCAGCGCGCUCCUGCAAAGAAAGAGUUACUUGAAGUGAAUAUCGCGCGGAAGAGGACACUGUCAGGCAACAACGAGAUCUAUGUCGACAUCGAGAUCGAAGCUGGAGAAGAAAGCGCAAAGACAGAUGCGCUCAUCGACCUAAACUUCUACGAUUAUGAUGAGAACAGUCUCAGCUUGUCUGGCUACGAGACAGAGGAGAUCGAAGCUGACGUACUUCUGGAUUCGCUUUCCGAAGAAGACUUCAUCGAUGCAUUUGCUCCAACUCCCGCCGCUCAGGAAGUCACAACAACAGUGCAAAUUCCUUCCGCGGCUACAUCUGUAUCUCGUCUAAUAGAAGAGUACAAAAUGCAGGCGACGGAAGAAGUUGAGUUUGUCACUACUGCUCCCAACAAAGAAGCUGUCGAGGAAACGUUUACCCUUCGACGCAAAGAAGAAGUUCCCGCAGAACUUGAAGCUGAAACGAAACAACAAAUUGUACGCCAUCCACAGCCUACUGAAUGGAGGAAUCUCAAGGAAUCUGUGACACUUACUUGCACAGCUAAGAAUCAAAUUGAUCAGGCGUCGUGGUUCAAGAACGGAAUGAAAGUCGAAUCCAACGACUUCAUUUCGAUAGAAACAGAAGGAACGGAGACCAAAAUCACUCUAAGACAGUUCAAUCCGUACUACAUUGGCGUUUACCAUGUCGUCGUUGAUGAUGUUGGAAGUCAACCGGCACGGAUUUCCGCAAAUAUCGCACCGACUUUGGAGAGCAAACUCCCCUCCGAAAUUGUUCACAGAAUUGGAGUUCCACUGGAUCUGCACUUCACUUACGCUGCUUAUCCUGCCCCUCAAGUGAGGAUACAGCAUGAAAAUACUGCCGUUACUCUAUUAGCAGAUAUCGACCAGUAUGAGGAUUCCAUUUCCAUAAGGGUUAAAAAUCUCAAAAAAGAAGAUGAGGGAACCGUACGUAUCUAUUUGUCAAACGAAUAUGGCGACGUCGAGAUGACAUUUGAUCUUCAACUCGUCGACACACCGUUAGCACCUCGAAACGCGCACGUUACUGAACUGACGCCUACGACAGUGACGAUAGAAUGGAGCAGCCCUGAUGAAGAUGAGAGCGACGUUAUACACUAUGUUGUGGAAAGAAGAAUGGCAGAAAGCAGAAGAUGGAGAAAGAUGACCAAAACUACGGAAAAAGUGUACCAUGGCACUGACCUUGUUUCAAAUGAAUUCUACUCCUACAGAAUACUGGCUGUCAACGCCUACGGAGAGGGUCUGCCAAGUAAUGUGGUGGAAGUUGACGUGCCUCCCGAAAUUGACGAGGACUUCUUACCAGCAGAGUUACCUGUGGAUGACGAAUUGAAAGACAUCAACAAAUUAAUAGAGGAGCUCAAGUCAGAAGAGGAAAGAAUGAAGCCCGAGGAGAAAGAGGAAGCAAAGCGAGUUGAGGAUAAGCCCAACGAAAGGGAGGUUCUGGAAGAGAAGUCAGUGAACAAAGAUGAGCCAAAGGAUGAAGUGAAGCCAUUUGAAGAGGUCGGCGCCGAGGAGCUGAAAACAGCUGAAGAGAGACCUGAAGGAAAGCCUGUAGAAAAGCAUAAGAAGAAAAAGAAGGAAGAAAGGCUAACAGGAGAGCCAGCUGAAGAAGUUAAGCCAGCUGAGGAAGUCAAGGCAGCUGAAGAGGUCAAGCCUGCAGAAGAAGCGAAGCCUGUUGAGAAGCCAAAGAAGAAGAAGGAAGAGAAACCGAAGGAAGAAGUUAAGACACCUGAGGAAGUCAAGCCUGCCGAAGAGGUCAAGCCUGCAGAAGAAGUGAAGCCUGCUGAGAAGCCAAGGAAGAAGAAGGAAGAGAAGCCGAAGGAAGAAGUUAAGCCAGCUGAGGAAGUCAAGGCAGCUGAAGAGGUCAAGCCUGCAGAAGAAGCGAAGCCUGUUGAGAAGCCAAAGAAGAAGAAGGAAGAGAAACCGAAGGAAGAAGUUAAGACACCUGAGGAAGUCAAGCCUGCAGAAGAAGUGAAGCCUGCUGAGAAGCCAAGGAAGAAGAAGGAAGAGAAGCCGAAGGAAGAAGUUAAGCCAGCUGAGGAAGUCAAGGCAGCUGAAGAGGUCAAGCCUGUAGAAGAAGUUAAGCCUGUUGAGAAGCCAAAGAAGAAGAAGGAAGAGAAGCCGAAGGAAGAAGUUAAGCCAGCUGAGGAAGUCAAGGCAGCUGAAGAGGUCAAGCCUGUAGAAGAAGUGAAGCCUGUUGAGAAGCCAAAGAAGAAGAAGGAAGAGAAACCGAAGGAAGAAGUUAAGACACCUGAGGAAGUCAAGCCUGCCGAAGAGGUCAAGCUUGCAGAAGAAGUGAAGCCUGUUGAGAAGCCAAAGAAGAAGAAGGAAGAGAAACCGAAGGAAGAAGUUAAGGCUGAGGAAGUCAAGGCAGCUGAAGAGGUCAAAGCUGCAGAAGAAGUGAAGCCUGUUGAGAAGCCAAAGGAAGAAGUUAGACUAGCUGAAGAGAUGGAUGACGAAAUGAAGGAGAUCAACGACUUAAUAGAAGAGCUCAAGUUAGAAGAGGAAAGAAAGAAGCCCGAGGAGAAAGAGCAAGCAAAGCGAGUUGAAGAUAAGCCCGACGAAAGGGAGGUUCUGGAAGAGAAGUCGGAGAACAAAGAUGAGCCAAUGCAUGAAGUGAAGCUAUUUGAAGAGGUUGGCGCCGAGCAGUUGAAACCAGCUGGAGAAGAGAGACCUGAAGAAAAGCCUGUAGAGAAGCGUAAGAAGAAAAAGAAGGAAGAAAGGCUACCAGGAGACGACAAGACAGAAGAAGCUAGGUCAGCUGAAGAAGUCAAGUCAGCUGAGGAGGUCAAGCCAGCUGAAGAAGUCAAGCCUGCAGAGAAACUCAAGAAGAGGGAGGAAAAGCCGAAGGAAGAAGUUAAGCCAGCUGAGGAAGUCAAGCCAGCUGAGGAAGUCAAGCCUGCAGAGAAACCUAAGAAGAAGAAGGAAGAGAAGCCGAAGGAAGAAGUCAAGCCAACUGAGGAAGUCAAACCAGCUGAAGAGGUCAAGCCUGCAGAGAAACUCAAGAAGAGGGAAGAAAAGCCAAAGGAAGAAGUCAAGCCAGCUGAGGAAGUGAAGCCAGCUGAAGAAGUCAAGCUUGCAGAGAAACCUAAGAAGAAGAAGGAAGAGAAGCCGAGGGAAGAAGUCAAGCCAACUGAGGAAGUCAAACCAGGUGAAGACGUCAAGCCUGCAGAGAAACCUAAGAAGAGGGAAGAAAAGCCAAAGGAAGAAGUCAAGCCAGCUGAAGAAGUCAAGCCUGCAGAAGAAGUGAAGCCUGUUGAGAAGCCGAAGAAGAAGAAGGAAGAGAAGCCGAAGGAAGAAGUCAAGCCAACUGAGGAAGUGAAGCCAGCUGAAGAAGUCAAGCCUGCAGAGAAAAAGAAGAAGAAGGAAGAGAAGCCGAAGGAAGAAGUCAAGCCAACUGAGGAAGUCAAACCAGCUGAAGAGGUCAAGCCUGCAGAGAAACUUAAGAAGAAGGAAGAAAAGCCAAAGGAAGAAGUCAAGCCAACCGAGGAAGUCAAACCAGGUGAAGACGUCAAGCCUGCAGAGAAACCUAAGAAGAGGGAAGAAAAGCCAAAGGAAGAAGUCAAGCCAGCUGAAGAAGUCAAGCCUGCAGAAGAAGUGAAGCCUGUUGAGAAGCCGAAGAAGAAGAAGGAAGAGAAGCCGAAGGAAGAAGUCAAGCCAACUGAGGAAGUGAAGCCAGCUGAAGAAGUCAAGCCUGCAGAGAAAAAGAAGAAGAAGGAAGAGAAGCCGAAGGAAGAAGUCAAGCCAACUGAGGAAGUCAAACCAGCUGAAGAGGUCAAGCCUGCAGAGAAACUCAAGAAGAGGGAAGAAAAGCCAAAGGAAGAAGUCAAGCCAGCUGAGGAAGUGAAGCCAGCUGAAGAAGUCAAGCUUGCAGAGAAACCUAAGAAGAAGAAGGAAGAGAAGCCGAGGGAAGAAGUCAAGCCAACUGAGGAAGUCAAACCAGGUGAAGACGUCAAGCCUGCAGAGAAACCUAAGAAGAGGGAAGAAAAGCCAAAGGAAGAAGUCAAGCCAGCUGAAGAAGUCAAGCCUGCAGAAGAAGUGAAGCCUGUUGAGAAGCCGAAGAAGAAGAAGGAAGAGAAGCCGAAGGAAGAAGUCAAGCCAACUGAGGAAGUGAAGCCAGCUGAAGAAGUCAAGCCUGCAGAGAAAAAGAAGAAGAAGGAAGAGAAGCCGAAGGAAGAAGUCAAGCCAACUGAGGAAGUCAAACCAGCUGAAGAGGUCAAGCCUGCAGAGAAACUUAAGAAGAAGGAAGAAAAGCCAAAGGAAGAAGUCAAGCCAACCGAGGAAGUCAAACCAGGUGAAGACGUCAAGCCUGCAGAGAAACCUAAGAAGAGGGAAGAAAAGCCAAAGGAAGAAGUCAAGCCAGCUGAAGAAGUCAAGCCUGCAGAAGAAGUGAAGCCUGUUGAGAAGCCGAAGAAGAAGAAGGAAGAGAAGCCGAAGGAAGAAGUCAAGCCAACUGAGGAAGUGAAGCCAGCUGAAGAAGUCAAGCCUGCAGAGAAAAAGAAGAAGAAGGAAGAGAAGCCGAAGGAAGAAGUCAAGCCAACUGAGGAAGUCAAACCAGCUGAAGAGGUCAAGCCUGCAGAGAAACUCAAGAAGAGGGAAGAAAAGCCAAAGGAAGAAGUCAAGCCAGCUGAGGAAGUGAAGCCAGCUGAAGAAGUCAAGCUUGCAGAGAAACCUAAGAAGAAGAAGGAAGAGAAGCCGAGGGAAGAAGUCAAGCCAACUGAGGAAGUCAAACCAGGUGAAGACGUCAAGCCUGCAGAGAAACCUAAGAAGAGGGAAGAAAAGCCAAAGGAAGAAGUCAAGCCAGCUGAAGAAGUCAAGCCUGCAGAAGAAGUGAAGCCUGUUGAGAAGCCGAAGAAGAAGAAGGAAGAGAAGCCGAAGGAAGAAGUCAAGCCAACUGAGGAAGUGAAACCAGCUGAUGAAGUCAAGCCUGCAGAGAAACCUAAGAAGAAGGAAGAAAAGCCAAAGGAAGAAGUCAAACCAGCUGAGGAAGUGAAGCCUGUUGAGAAGCCAAAGAAGAAGGAGGUGAAGCCGAAGGAAGAGGUCAAGCCAGCUGAGGAAGUGAAGCCAGCUGAAGAAGUCAAGCCUGCAGAGAAACUUAAGAAGAAGGAAGAAAAGCCAAAGGAAGAAGUCAAACCAGCUGAGGAAGUCAAGCCUACAGAGAAACUCAAAAAGAGGGAAGAAAAGCCAAAGGAAGAAGUCAAACCAGCUGAGGAAGUGAAGCCUGUUGAGAAGCCAAAGAAGAAGAAGGAGGAGAAGCCGAAGGAAGAAGUCAAGCCAGCUGAGGAAGUCAAGCCUACAGAGAAACUCAAGAAGAGGGAAGAAAAGCCAAAGGAAGAAGUCAUGCUAGCUGAGGAAAUCAAGCCAGCUGAAGAGGUCAAGCCUGCAGAAGAAGUGAAGCCUGUUGAGAAGCCGAAGAAGAAGAAGGAAGAGAAGCCGAAGGAAGAAGUCAGGCCAAAGGAGAAAGUCAAGCCAGCUGAGGAGCCAAAGGAGGAAGCCCAGCCAGCUGAGGAAGUCAAGUCUACAGAGGAACUCAAGAAGAGGGAAGAAAAGUCAAAGGAAGAAGUCAAGCCAGCUGAGGAGGUUAAGCCUACCGAAGAGGCCAAGCCUGCGGAGAAAGUUGAGAAGCCGAAGAAAAAGAAGGAAGAGAAGCCAAAGGAAGAAGUCAAGCUAGCUGAAGAUGUGAUUCCUGCAGAGAAACCUAAGAAAAAGAAAGAAGAAAAGGAAGCAGAAGAGAAGCCUAAGAAGAAAAGGGAGAAAAAAGCAUUGGAAGUCGUUGUGUCUGAAGAAGAACUAUUGGAGGUUGCAGCUGAAGCCGAAAUCAAAUUGAAACCAAGCCUUGUCGAUGAAGAAGAACAAGAUGAAUUCACGGGCAGGACUGUGCUUCUGAAUAAAGACGACAGAGUUGCAGAAGAAGAAGAAGAUUUGGGCCUGGAUUUAUCAAAGCAGCGUCCAGGUACAGUCAUCAUCGAACAUCCUGAAGCACAGACGGUCACAGAACCGCAACAGAUGUGCGUGUUUACUUGUCGUCUGAGCCAAGAAGCUACGAGUGUGCGCUGGUUCCGUAAUGAGAGAGAGCUGUGGACGCAUCUCCCUAAGAUGGAGAUUGUGACGACAGAACGUGAGACCAAACUCAUCAUAAACGAAGUUGACCACAAAGACAUUGGAGAAUAUCAUGUGCUGCUCGACGAUGUUGAAGAAUCUCAGCCGGCACAGCUCAUCUACAAACUACUGCCCAAACUGACCUACGAAGGACCCACGGAAGCAAUAGCUGCCGGCAAGCAUUUCGAUUUUGUAGUCAAGUUUAUAGGCUAUCCCACGCCUGAAUUCGAUAUGACCCUAAAUGGCGAAGACCUGAAACUUCUGGCCAAUGUUGAGAUGUACGAUGACUUCAUCUCCUUCCGAGUGAAACAUGUCAAGCAGAGCGGAACCAUAUUAAUUCGAGCCAGGAACGAAAACGGCGAGGAUAAACUUGAGAUUCCCAUGCAAGUCAUCGAUGUACCGUCUGCCCCACUCGAUCUUCAGGUCAGCGACAUCGGAACCACGACAGCAACACUUUCAUGGAAAGCUCCGCUGUAUUCAAAUGGAUCGAACAUCAAGGAAUAUUUCAUCGAGCGCAAAUCAGUGGAGUACUCUCGCUGGCGUUCUGUCGCCCGACUACCAGCCGAUAAGCUUUCGAUAAACGUCGACGAUCUGUUCCCCAACGAUCUCUACGCAUUCCGUGUGAGUGCCGUCAAUGACAUUGGACAGGGCAAUCCGAGCAAUCUUGUGGAAGUGCAAACGUCUGAAGAAAUCCAAGAAGAAGUGAUAGAAGAAGAGUUCACUGAAGAAGUCACAAUUGCGAAGAAAUCUCCCAAAGAUGAACUAACGGAAGAAGAAAUUGCGCAGACUAUGAUGCUCCCCACGAAGCUUGAAGAAGAAAUCACAGAGAUUGUGGAAGAAGAGGAGUUUCUCAAGAAAGUAGGUCAAGAAGAAGAUAAGUCCGCAAAGAAGAAGACCAAAGUUCCAAAACGCCGAGUGGAAGAGGAAGAACUAGUAGAAGAAGAAGUAGUGGAGAAAGUUAAGCCAAAAGAAGAGCCAGAGACCAAAAUGGAGAAGAAGAUCGUUGAAGAAGUCGUCAUUCAAGAAGAAGAAAUAAAGGAAGAGAAAGCAACGAAAAAGAGACCGAAAGCAGAUGAAAAGAAGGUGCUGGCUGAAGAGGCCAAAGUCAAAGAGGAGGAUGUAGCAACGAAGAGAUCAUCAAAUGCUGAAGCAGCAAAGGUUGCGGAAGCAGGCGCUAUAGCUGCGAAGGAUGAGAAAGUGCAGGAAGAAAAGAAAGAAGAAGGGAAAGCAAAGAAAAUGAAACCAAAGAAGAAGGCACCCAAGAAGGAAGAAAUUGUUGAAGAGGUCAUUACCGUCACGGAAGAAGUAACUGAGACGACACAUGAAGUGGUUGUUGACGAACCUAGCGGAAAGAAGAAGAAAAAAGUGCCAAAGGCACUUGUGAUACCAGAUGAAAUAAGCUCGAAGUUUGGAGAACCUAGCACACUGCUUUCCGAAACAAUCAUAACGAAGAAAAUUGUAGCAAGGGAAGGAAGCGCUGAAGCAGUGUCACCAAUCAAGCAGCCGCAGUCGGCCAGCAUUGCAAUAAAAGUUGAUAGUGCUAGCAAGAUUCGAUCAAGGGCAAGCACUCCCGAAGGUGAAUUUACAUUCAAGCAACGAUCACAGACUCCAGAAGGAAGAAAGGAGGAGGUUGCCGCAAAACUGAAACUGCGCGGUGAGAAUGAUGAUAAGACUGGCCUCCCUCCUAAACCUGGUGCUGAGGUUAAGCCCAAAGAGGAAGUGAAACCUAAGGAAGAACUCAAACCCAGAGAGGAUGUUGAACCAAAGGAAGAGGCCAAGAAAAAGGAAGAAAAGCCCAAGGAGGUCAAGCCUAAAGAAGAGGAGAAGCCAAAGGAAGAAGCGAAACCCGAGGAAAAGGCUAAAAAGAAGAAAGAAGAGAAGCCCAAGGAAGAAGCAAAGCCUAAGGAGGAGAUGAAACCCAAAGAAGAGGCCAAGAAGAAGAAAGAAGAGAAGCCCAAAGAAGAAGUGAAGCCAAAGGAAGAAGUGAAACCCAAAGAAGAAGCCAAGAAAAAGAAAGAAGAGAAGCCGAAAGAAGAAAUGAAGCCAAAGGAAGAGGUGAAACCCAAAGAAGAGAUGAAACCCAAAGAAGAGGUGAAACCCAAAGAAGAGGUGAAACCCAAAGAAGAGACCAAGAAGAAGAAAGAAGAGAAGCCCAAAGAAGAAGUGAAGCCAAAGGAAGAAGUGAAACCCAAAGAAGAAGCCAAGAAAAAGAAAAAAGAGAAGCCGAAAGAAGAAAUGAAGCCAAAGGAAGAGGUGAAACUUAAAGAAGAGGUGAAACCCAAAGAAGAGGUGAAACCCAAAGAAGAGGUAAAACCCAAAGAAGAGGUGAAACCCAAGGAUGAACCCAAGAAAAAGAAAGAAGAGAAGCCGAAAGAAGAAGUGAAGCCAAAGGAAGAGGUGAAACCCAAAGAAGAGGUGAAACCCAAAGAAGAAGCCAAGAAGAAGAAAUCUGAGAAGUCGAAGGAAGAGCUGAAGACUAAAGAAGAGGUGAAACCCAAAGAAGAGCUAAAACCGAAGGAGGAGAAGCCGAAAGAGAAAGUCAAGCCUGUGGAGGAGAAGCCAGAAGAGAAGCCCGAGAAGAAUAAAGAAGAGAAACCAAAAGAAGAGGUGAAGCCCAUGAAGGUAACCAAGGACGAAAAAGUGUCAGAAGAAGUAUCUGUACAGCAAGAACCAGAAAAGGAGAUCGUGCAGAAGGAGCCAGAAAAAGAUCAAGCCGCUAAAGCGAAAAAGAAACCCAGAAAGAAGGUGGAGGUUGUUGAAGAAAAGGAAGAACAAAAAGAAAAGGAGGCGAAGGCAGUGCCAAAUGGAGAGACAAAGGAACUUCCAGAGAUUAUAGAGCCUGAAAAGAAACCUGAAAAGAGGCGUAAGCAACUUGCUGCAGAACCAAUCCCCGAAGAUGAGACAGUAGAUGUCCUAUCGGCUGUGAUCAGUCGCGAAAGUGAGGCAGUAAGCAGCCGAACAUCACGGAGAUCGUCCGGGGCAUCUAGUGUAGAGAGUUACACGAUUUCUCGGCGAAGAGCAAGGAAGGAAGGUUUCCUAACUACUCCUGGAAGCGAAGUGCUAGCUCUUCGAGGUGAUACAGUGCGGAUUGAAUGCGAGCUGGUGAAUGAUGACGACGAAGUAGAAUGGUUCAUCAAUGACAGGUCAUUCGCGGCUGAUGCUAGAGCUACAGAGGAGUCACAUGGUCCCAUGAGGAUGUUGGUUAUACGGGAUGUUACUCCAAAGGAUUCAGGCAUGGUGGUAGAAGUACGUCUUGGUGACUAUGUGGCCACCACAACGAUCGUUGUUGAAGACACUCGCGCUGAAAUGAUCAGGCGUUUAGAGCGCAGAACAGUUGGGAGAGAGGGUCAAGACGUGGUUCUUAGCGUUGAGCUGGAUCACGAGGCUAAAGAAGUCACUUGGUUCAAAGAUGACAUGUCUGUAACGAUGUCGGAGAAGUACACCGUAGAGGUGGUGGAAGGAACCAUCUACCGUCUGAUCAUAAAACGAGCAGACUACCGCGAUGCUGGCCAGUACACUGUCGUGGUCGAUGGUUCAAAGAGUUAUACAAGUCUCCAGAUUCAAGGAAAACCAGUGGUAAAGAAGGGCGAGAAAAGGCACAUCGAAGUGGAGAGGGACGAGAACAUCAUCUUCAACGUGCCCUUCGAGUGCUACGAAGAACCAGCAGUAUCUUGCCUAUUCAAUGGUUCACUUCUUCGUGAAGACGCAAAGAUACACAUGGAUGUAAACGAUGGCAUCAUGCGCUUCUGCAAAAAGCAUGUAACCAAGGUGGAUUCUGGUGAAUAUACGAUCAAAUUACACAACGAAAUGGGGGAGGAUUCGGAAACUGUGACUGUUCGCGUGAAAGAUGUACCUGCAAAGCCACAAAGCGUGUCCGUUACGGAGGUUGAAAGCGAGGCGAUUUCCAUCUCAUGGACGGCUCCGGAGGAUGACGGCGGACAACCGAUUACUGGUUAUAUCAUAGAGAAGAAAGAAGAUGGCCGAAGAACAUUCCACAAAGUUGCGCAUGUUUCCGCUGCCAAAACGUCAUACACCAUUGAAGAUUUGGAAAUAGAUACCGGCUACAUUUUGAGAGUAUCUGCAGUGAAUAAGUAUGGCGCAGGAGAACCAUCUUAUACACCUGUGGUAACGACUGGAACACCAUACAAGGCGCCACAAUUGACGGAGCCGCCAACCAUCUCUCAAGUGUCUGGAAACACCUGUGUACUGUCCUGGUCGAAGCCAGCAGAUACUGGCGAGUCUCCAAUCUACGGCUACGACGUCUAUAGAAAGGAAGAUGGUGGCAAAUGGAUCCAGAUGAAUGAAGAGCUCCUGUUCAAAGAGCAGUUUACGGUCACUGACCUUCGACCCAACAUCACCUACAUUUUCAAAGUGGAAGCUCAUAAUGAAGCUGGUUUCAUCUCGGCAUCGAAUGUUGAAUCAGAACCACUUCGUAUCAAAGCAGCUCUUGAUCUUCCCACCACCAUCAUUCCCACUCCGCGGGUUAUUCCUACCGGACUGGAUAGCGUCACUGUCACUUGGAACAUCGAUGAAAGUAUAGCAUACUCGGAAUAUGUGGUCUCAUACAAAUCCGAAAAUUCAUCAGUGUGGACUGAGGUCAAGUGUCAAACCAACACUUGUACAAUAAAUGAGUUGAAAGAAGGUGUUUCCUAUGUCUUCAAAGUGGCUCCAGCCAAUGAAGAAGGCGCAGGAACAUUCUCAGAAGAAACGCACCCAGUCAAAGUUACGCCCACAGUUGCUCCUGUCAUUACCAAAGCGAUCAAGAAUGUGUCGAUCCCAAGGAAACGUGCGUUAAACCUUGAAUGUCAUGCAAAUGCUGAACCCGCUCCCGACUAUAUAUGGUACAAGAACGGAGCGGAGAUCAUUCCGCAGAACUCUAAUACAGAGAUCGUGAAUGAGGGCCAUAUGAGCUUCCUGAAAAUCCACAGCGUCGAAGCAUCUGAUGCAGGUGUCUACGAGUGUGAAGUGGAGAAUGAGCAUGGAAAAACGAGCUGUAAGGCGACAGUGCAAAUAACAGAUGUACGCUGUCACUUCGAAUCGUCAUUCUCUGAAUACAUUGAAGCGACUGAAGGACAGAACGUAGAACUUCGGUGCACCUUGUCGGACGAAGAUGGUGUGGUCGUGUGGUACAAAGAUGGAAAGCUGUUGAAGGCUGAUGACCGCAUAACCAUUGUGGCUGAGGACACAGAAAGAAUCCUGAGAAUCAGCGACAUCAGGGAUUCGGAUAGCGCCACUUAUCGCUGCGAAACUUCAGACGGUCGUAGUAGAACUGAAGGAGAGCUUCUGGUCAAAGAAGAAGAGCCACACAUCAGCGUCGGGCCGCAAGACGAAACUAUCCGGUAUUUCGGUGCUACCGUCGAGCUCAAGUGUGAACUAACUAAACCGGUGCAUAGAGUGCUUUGGUUCCGGAAUAAGAAGGAGAUAUGGGCACAGAUGAACAAGUUCCUAAUCAACACCAUUGACUGCACAUCGACGCUUGUGAUUCUGAACUUCGACAAGUCCGACAUUGGCGAUUACUAUGCUGCCUUAAGCGAAAAGGAAACUUCGGCUCCUGCACACAUAGGACUGGAGGUUGCGCCAGAAAUCAAAAUCACAGAAAAUCUUGGCGAUCACAUCACCCUACAUGUGGAUACUGAAUUAGAUUUCCAUGUAGAGACUUACGGAAGUCCACAACCUGCAGUGGUCAUCAUGCACAAGGACGAACGCAUACAAAGCAGGCCAAAAGUGAGUGUCGAGGAGUACGACGAAAUGCUGAGUGUUCGUAUGAAGAACCUCACAAGAGAUGACAUUGGCACAAUAAGAAUUACUGCCGAAAAUAUAGCAGACACUGCUCAAAAAGAAAUAUCUCUUAAUGUGAUCGAUGUCCCUGACGAACCUCUUAAUUUGGAAGCUAGCCAAAUAACGGCAAAUUCAAUCAUGCUGACUUGGAAUUCCCCCGAAGAAGACAAUGGAGCCGCUGUUACUGGCUACGUGAUCGAACGAAGAGCGGUGGAAAGCAACAGAUGGAGAACGGUCGGCAAGACCGAUGCAGACACGUUCUUCUUCAAGGCCGAAGAUCUGAUGUCAAAGCAAGUGUACGGCUUCCGCGUGAUCGCCGUCAACGAAGUCGGCGAAGGACCACCAAGUCACUUCAUUGACAUUAUCACUCUGGAGGAGGAAGUGAUAGAUGGAGUUCUGUCACCUGACUUGGUACUGCUGGAAACCCCCGAUGCCCCUGGGGUAGAACGCGAUGAUACAAAGAUUACUGUGACUUGGAAUCCAAUCGUGGAUGCUGACGCAUACCAGCUGGAGAGAAGAAGUGAAACGAGUGACUGGCUGGAAGUGGUCACAAUCGACAAAACCCAUUUUGUGGAUCGUUCGCUGCGGAAAAGCGGGACCUACCGCUAUAGAGUUAUUGCUCAGAACGCGACUGGUGAGUCCAAAUCAAGUGGAGAAUCUGCACCCAUUUCCGUCGUUAUUGAAGAGCAGGAGGAAGAAGAAAGAGCUGAUGGUGUCUCAGAAAGAAAAGACGAUCAAGUCAACGGAGAAGCCGUCAUGAAAGCGGAACAGGUAGUCAAUGGUGAUGUUACGAAGGAACUAACCACACAAGAAGAUAAGGAACCUAUAUUUGGAGUGCAGUUGAAGGGCAUACCUGAGGCUGCUCCUGAGAAGGCUGAAGAAGAUAAAGAAGACGAGAAGAAAACGGAGAGAGCCGAAGAUCAGGAAGAGACUAAGAAGAAAAAGCCAGUAGAUGCGACAAAGAAGAAGCGAAAAGUUAAGAAAGAAGAUGAAAAGGAUGGCAUAACUGCAGCCAAAGACGAUCUGAAGAUGGAAGAGCCCUCCAAAAAGACGGAAAUAGAGCAAAAAGAAGCAGUGAUUGAUGGAGCCAUGAAAAGGGACGAAGAAGUCGAUAAGCCAAAAGUGGAGGAGGUUAAAAAGGAGAAGGAAGAAGAUGCCACAGAAAAGGAUGAUGUCAAAGAAAAAGAGAAGAAAGCGAAGGUAGACGAGAAGGUGAGAACGGAGGAAGAGCCGAAAAAAGUGGAGAAAGUGGAUGAACCACUAGUCGAAGACGGCGUAAAGAAAGAUGAGAAGAAGAAAAAGAAAAAGUCACCAAAGGCUGAACAAAAGGAGGUCGAGAAAGAACCAGAGCCUGCUGUCAAUGGUACUGUUGCAGAGCCGCCUAAAGAAGUUCCAAAAGUAGAGCCUAAAAAGAAGAAAAAAGGGCCCUUGUCAUUGAAAUCCACCGAAGAGGUGAUUGAUCUGAAGGUUGGUGACUCAUGUGACAUGAAAAUGGAGGCCAGCGACGAUGUGAAGAAGUUUGAAUGGACAAAGGCUGACCUUUCGCUAGGUUCUGGAUAUUCUCAACAAGAUUCUAAGAAGACUAGCAACGUUCAUAUCGGAUCUGUCACAUUGGAGAUGGCUGGGAAGCACAAGUGUGUCGCAACGAAUUCUGAUGGAGAAACUGCUACGGCUUAUAUUACCUUGAACGUUAGAGGUGUCCCCAUAGCGGAAGCUGAGACUAAUUCGGUCGAGGUGAAAGUUGGUGAAACCGCCAAGCUGUUCGUCAAUGUUAGAGGAGCUACUGAUGUGACCUGUGUAUGGAGCAAGGAUGGCAAGCCAAUUAAGUCAACCAAAGCCAUGACUGCAUCGUACAAGGAUGGAACAGCUCAGCUAAUUAUCAAGUCCGCAGAGAUUUCCCACAGUGGAGUGUAUAAGCUCAAGGCUUCAAAUGCCGAUGGUAGUUCUGAAGCUGAUGUAACGCUGAUAGUAAAAUCUGUACCUUCCGCACCAGAGGGACCUCUAAAUGUGGCCGUCGAAGGUAGCACUGCCAAACUUACAUGGAAACCCCCAGCGACCGAUGGUAACACCCCGAUUCUGGGCUAUUAUGUUGAAAAAUCCGACGAAAAGAAGAAAAAUUGGAACUUUGUUGGUAGAUCCACUGGACCAAGCUUAAGCACUGAAUUGGUUGGUGCUGAACCAGUUCGCUUCCGAGUGGCAGCAGAAAAUGCUAUUGGUCUGGGGCCGACGAUAGAAUCCAAGACCGUGUCAGCAGGUACAAAGCCAGAAAUUGUACGGCCAAAAGAUGCCACCUACGUCUUCAAAGAAGGUGAUACGGGAGAAGUGAAAAUCUCGUUCAAAGGCGAACCUGCUCCUAAUGUGGAAUGGCUGGACAGCGCAGGCAAGCCUAUUGCUGCGGGCUCAGAGUAUACGAUCAAAAAUACUCCAACAAGUACGUCACUGAGCCUCAAGAACGUGGCUAUGAAACAUGCUGGAAAUUACACGCUGAAGAUCAAGAACAGCAUGGGAGAAGACUCUCUACCAUUGAAAAUACAGGUAAAUGGUCGCCCAGAACCGCCAAGCAAACCCACGGUAACAGAGCAAAAAGUAGACUCUAUAAAAUUAUCUUGGUCACCUCCUGCACAAGAUGGAGGAGCCCCAAUCACACAGUACACAGUAGAAAUGCGUACUGCAAGCAGUAAAAAAUGGAAGAAAGCUGAAACAAGCAAGGAACCUUCCGUGACCUUGUUCAACCUGGUACCCGGCGAAACAUUCGUUUUCCGAGUUCGUGCAGAAAAUUCUAUUGGACAAUCCGAGCCUUCUGUGGAAUCAGAAACUGUGUCCAUUAAGGCGCUCCAAAAACCCGAAGAAAAAGUUGAACAGAUUAUAGCUGACGAUGAAAAACAGAAGAAAGUUGAUUACGACAAAUUGGAUACAAAAGUUGAACCUUUGGAGGAAAAAGUAAUCGAUAUCAAUCGCCUUCCCAAUGAUCUGGAAGCUAAGUACACGAUCUGCGAAGAACUUGGACAAGGCGCCUAUGGCACAGUUUAUCGAGCGAUAGAGAAGGCCACAGGCAAAACGUGGGCAGCAAAGAUGGUGCAGGUUCGACCGGGUGUCAAACGAGAUGAUGUUUUGCAUGAGAUCUCAGUGAUGAAUGAAUUACAUCACGAUAAACUUCUACAAUUGCAUGAAGCUUUCGAUCUCGGCAGCGAAAUGUGCCUCAUUGAAGAGUUCGUCUCUGGUGGAGAACUACUCGACAAAAUUGUGGAGUCCGAUAUGCUCAUGAGUGAAACCGAAGUGGGAAACUAUAUGCGUCAAAUACUUCAAGGCCUGGAACACAUGCACAAUAGACAAAUCGUCCAUCUGGACCUUAAACCCGAAAACAUCCUUCUCAAAUCGAAAGACUCGACAGAUGUAAAAUUGAUUGAUUUUGGAAUAGCAAGAAAAUUAGAGCCGAACAAGACAGUGAAGCUGCUUUUCGGGACGCCAGAAUUUUGUGCUCCUGAGGUUGUCAAUUACGAACCCGUGGGUUUGAGCACAGACAUGUGGUCUGCGGGAGUGAUUGCCUAUGUGCUGCUAUCCGGACUAUCACCGUUCCUUGGAGAAACGGAUGCAGAAACACUAGCGAAUGUGUCGGCUGCAGAUUGGGAUUUCGACGAUGAGACUUUCGACGAUGUUUCUGACACAGCAAAGGACUUCAUUUGUCGCCUAAUGGUCAAAGAUAAACGAAAGCGUAUGACUGUACAACAGGCGCUACAACAUCCAUUCUUGAAGAUGGAGGAAUCAUUGCCUGUUCGCGGUCAACUCACACCCAAACAAAAGAAGAAAUUCAUGCAGCUGAGAAGAUGGUCUGAUGAUCUGCUUCCCAUCGGCCGAUUGGCGAAGCGUGGUGCCAUAUUUAGGCAACACUCCAUGGAUGGAGUGUUUGAGAGAGACAUCACCUUUGACAGCGAUUAUCCACCUUCUGUGAAGAAGCAGCUCGAGGAUAUCGUUGCCCACGUGGGUGAUCUAAUCGCUACCCUGGAAUGCGUUGUCGAAGGAGCUCCACUGCCUCGGAUCAGCUGGUUCAAGGAUGGGCAGGAGCUGAGUGUACCGUCGAUCAAAUUCGAUUCGCAUUUCACCGAUGGAUCAGCGGGACUGACUGUGAAAAAUUUGGAGCCAUCAGAUGCAGGAAAGUAUCGUUGUCAAGCCACAAAUCAGCUCGGAACCAUCACCUCAGAAGCUAAAGUUGUCGUGGAAGAAAAGGGAAAAGAGAAGAAAGUUGAUGAGGAUAAGAAGAAGAAAGCAAAGAAGCCAGUUUCGGAACGACCCCAAAAGAGCCCAAAAGCUCCGUCUUUCGCACCAGCGUUGACCGACUGCUUCGCAAAACUUGGAGAACCAUUCACCCUAAAAGUCGCUAGCAAAGAAGAUGUAAAGGUGGAGUGGUACCACAAUGGUGUACGAAUCGAAGAAAGUGAUCGUAACUAUGUCCAAAGACAUGAGAAAGAUGUAUACGAACUCACACUCAAGAAUGUUGGCAUGGGUGAUGAAGGCGAAUGGAGAGUGAAAGGAAGAAAUGCUGUCGGUGAUUGCGAAAGUUUCUGCGCAGUGACUGUAGAAAUCCCCGAAGGAUUUAUGGCACCAGUUUUUGAGCGAAAGCUUGAAGAUAUCAAGUGUGAAGAGCAAGAACUUCUUACGCUUACUGUGAGCAUUGCUGCUAAUCCAACUCCAGAAAUUAUCUGGUACUGCGAAGACAAAGAAAUCAAGCACUCGGAUCGCUACCGUAUACUUUUUGACGACGAAAAACGCGAAUACUCUCUAAUUAUCGUCAGUGCAUACGCUGAAGACAGCGGGGAAUAUAGAUGCCUUGCCAAGAAUUUACUCGGUUCUGCCCAAAGUGUUUGUUCGGUACGAAUAGAGGAACCAGGAGAGAAGCGCAGCAAGAAGAUUGAUGAAUCGAAAGCCCCAGCGUUCAGUAUGCUCUUGGCAAGCCCUCGUGAGGUCAUGGAAGGAGCAGAACUUAGUUUGGCAUGCAUUGUCACUGGCAGUCCUUACCCAAAGAUCAAAUGGUUGAAGGAUGGUGCAAGACUGUCAACAACUGGCAAAGAUGUAAAAUGUGAAAAUGGCGUUUCUACGUUAACAAUUCAUUCUGCCACAACUAACGAUGCUGGUCGCUACGUUUGCGAAGCUGAAAACAUCCAUGGCACAGCUCAGUCGAACUGUGUUGUCACUGUCAUUCCAUCGCUAGAGUCCAGCCAAUCUGAGCCAAGAUUCACGCAACUGUUGGCAGAUACUACAGUACAAGAUCAGGAAGAAAUACUCCUGGAAUGUUGUGUAGAAGGCAAACCACACCCAGCUGUCACUUGGUACAAAGACGGUCAAAAACUAGCCAUCACUAACCGUAUGCUUCAGUACGCGGAUAGGACAGGCCUUGCUAGGCUAAAUAUCAUGAAUGCUACGCCAGCAGAUUCUGGAGAAUACUCUUGCGAAGCAGUGAACGUUCUUGGCAAGGACGUAACAGAAUGUCGAGUUAAGGUCACCGGUGAUAUCACCACGUCAAUCUCUAGAAGCCCUAGCCUAAGCACAAGCGAAUCCCUUGGUUAUGUUUCGGACGAUUCUCGAGCUCCCGUUAUAAUUCGACCGCUCAUGAAUGCCGUUGUAAAAGCUGGCGGCCGUGAAAUGCUUGAGUUAGAAGUCGAGGGCACUCCAACUCCAAUGAUCGAAUGGUAUCACAACGGAAAGCUAGUAUCGGAGAGCAGAACUGUUCGCAGUCACUUUGAUGGAAGAGUGGCGUUCUUGAAAUUCUAUGAUGCUCAGCCCAAACAUCAAGGACAGUACAUCUGCAAGGUCUCCAACAAACUGGGAGUAGUCGAGUCUAGAGCUGAGCUGAUAGUCGAAGAAGAGAUAGCUGAUCAGCUUCCAAAUGUGCCUACAUUUAUCAAGAAGCUUCAAGACGUUGCCGUGGCAAAAGAAGGCGAUACUGUAACGCUGAGUUGCCAAGCUCGCGGAGAUCCCAAGCCAGAUUUCCGUUGGCUCCGAGAUGGUCAACCACUUGAAUCUGGUGCAAACUUCCGAAGCAGAGCUUUUGAUGAUGGCAUCUCGACUCUCGAAAUCGCCAAAAUGAGUGAAGAGCUUUGCGGGACCUACACCGUCGUAGCCGUAAAUUCAGCUGGAGAGGCGCACUCAUCUGCGAAUAUCACGCUGGAUCACGUCGAAGAGAAGGUCGCUGCACCGACUCCACCUUCGUUCAUCAUUCAACCCAAGUCCAAGCUGACUGUCGACGAAUCUGGCGUACUCACCAUCGUCUGCGACGUUCGAGGCACCCCUGAUAUGGAAAUCGCAUUGCUCAAAAAUAAGCGACCCUUGAAUCUCACCGAAAGAAUCCGGAUGGAGCGUGACGGGCUCACCUGCAGAUUCAUAGUAACAGAUGUUACACCAGAAGAUGAAGGCAAAUACACAAUUGUUGCUAAAGAUAAAAAUGGCGAGGCAAAGGCUGACACCGAGGUUGUGGUCACUCCCAAGCGUGAAGCACCCGAAGGAGCUACGGUGAAGAUUGUAAAAGGAUUGCCGGGUCCCGUGGAAGCACUGCAAGUCGAGGACUGUACCACGGAUUCCGUGUCUUUGACAUGGACAAGUUCAGCAAAUGCUGGUGGAUCGAAAAUCACAGAGUACAAGGUAGAACAGCGGACUCCUGAUCAGCAAGGUUGGACCGAGGUAGCGACGGUCAGCCGAACUAGAUACAAUGUAAAAAAUCUCACUCCAAACAUGGAAUACCGUUUCCGGGUAGCUGCAAAGAACUCGGAAGGACUCGGCGAUUGGGGUGUGGCUGUAAAUGCCAGAACCUUGCCCGCAGGGGCGAAGCCACAGUUUGUCGAACCACCACCCUCGACACUUACCGUCAUGGAAGGAAAGCCCCUGAGUAUCUCAGCAAAAUUUGCAGGCACUCCUGCACCUAUUGUCAAAUGGUACAGAGACAGAAGAGAAAUAACCGACUCAGACGCUAUCAUCACGGACACCGAGAGCACUUCGCUGACAAUCUCCGAAGCUCGACUGGGUGUAGAUGAUUCACUCUACUCCUGCUUGAUUGAAAACGAUAUGGGUCAAGUAUCAAGUGAUAUUUCAGUCUCAAUAGUUCUGAGCAGCGAAGACGCAACUGACGUUGAUCGUAGCGAACGCAGUGAGAAAGCCCUUAUUGGUGCUCCGUCCUUGCUCAAACCCCUGACUGAUGAAACUGUUCAAUCUGGACAGCAAUUUACUCUAAAUUGCAAGGUAACAGCGAAGAACGAGACCGUAGCGUGGUAUCACAACGAUCAUCGCGUUAAGUCUGCUGGACGCUACGAACUUCUAAGCGCUAAGAAUGGAAUCCACAAGCUGAUCUGCCAUAACAGCAUCCAGGAAGAUUCCGGUGUGUACCGCUGUGUGGUAACGAACGACAAAGGCAUGGCCCAGACCGAGUGCAAAGUUGCAGUGAAAGAUUCGGCUGAACAGUCUGCGCCCUCGUUUGAGCAACCAUUGACCGAUAUGACGACAAAGGUAGGAAAAGACGUCGUGCUAAAGUGUCAUGCAGUCGGCUGUCCGGAACCAGAGCUCGUUUGGACGAAGGAUGGUGAACGCCUCGCGACAAGCAGAAAAGUCUGCCUUGUCUUUGAUGAAAAAGGCGGUUCUGAGCUCCAGAUAAAGGAGUGCUCAGCACAGGAUGCAGGAAUCUACCUCUGUACAGCUACUAACAGUGCUGGAGUACAGUCAACACAGUGUACUCUGACGAUAGUGAGCGUUGCUGGAAAAGAUGCUCAUCUGGUGAUAGCCGAAGAGGAGAAGGUUGCAGUACCCAGAUUCACCCGCGCUCCACCGUCAACCAUGGAUGUCACAGAAGGAUCUCAGUUUAAGCUGGUUGCCAAGGCUGUUGGUGAACCGAAGCCGGUAAUAACUUGGAAGAAAGAUGGACGAGAAGUGCUUCGCACCAAUCGGCUCUAUAGAACGUAUUUGACCGGAGAUGGUGAAAGCCAUUUGCUUGUCGAAUGUGUUGUCUCAAAAACCAGCGGAAUCUUUUCUUGUAUAGCCCACAACAUCCAUGGAGAAGCUUUGUCUGAAACUCAAGUUAUCGUCCACCGCGGAAAAACAGCUGUACAAACUGCGGAGAAACCAACGUUUACACAAACUCUCAAAGAUCUCGGUGUCGUGACGGGUCAUCCUGUUACACUCAGUUGCAAGGUACACGGAGUUCCUGAUCCGGAACUGAAAUGGUAUUAUAUCGAUGAUGCAGGCAAUGCCGUCAGCCUGACCGAGCAUGAAUCUGGAUGGAUAGAAUGUCGGGGAGGAGAAGUAGCAGAGCUCAAGGCCGAUUGUGUUCUUCGAGAUCAACAAGGCACCUAUCAAUGUGUAGCCUCCAAUGAGCAUGGUCAAGCCAGCACCCAAUGCUAUCUGCUAGUUGGAGAUCUCACAGAUGAAAGAGCUGGUCCUCCGCGUUUCUUGCGAUGCCUUGGUGAUAUUUGGACACCUCUAGGCGAGGAGGUGGUGCUCCAAGUCGAAGUAGCUGGGUAUCCCGCUCCAGAUCUUAUCUGGUACCAUCAGGAUAAGCGUGUGGUGGAGGGAAAGAACGUUAAGAUCAACUACACCUCUGAAACAGUCUGUGAGCUGCGUAUAUCGGAUGUGACCCUUCGAAACCUUGGCAGUUAUGCUAUAGAAGCCUCUAAUGUACAUGGGUUAGUCAAAACCACCUGCUUCCUUAACGCUGGAGAACCGCGCCAUGCUGAGCCACCACAAUUCCAACAGAUAGAAGCUCCAGAAAUUGCUGUCCAACCCAAAGUUGCAUUCCAUGACUCGGUGAAAAAAUCAGCUUCAACUAUGCGCAUGGAAAUGCGAAAGAAGGGCGCUCCACCAACAUUUAUCCAAGGUUUGGAAGACAUGGAACUGCAAGCCGGUGAUUCCGCUGCCGUAGCCGGAAAGCUGUCAAGAAAACAUCGCCAUCGUCAUGGAGUAGACCUAAGGAAAACUCUGAAGAGUUCCAAACUUGAUGCUCGCAGCCUCGCCGCAGCCAUUAUGGCUGAUAUGCAAGCUAAUGGUAGUGGUGACACUCCACGGCAUAGUAUCGAUGAGACCAAGCACGACGUUGCUAUGGAAGAAAUUCGUAACGUCAUUCAAUCAAGGAAUCAACACAUGUGUAGACCUAAAUUUAUUGUCAAACCUAAACCGAAGAAGGUUUUGGAAGAGUUCAAAUCUCUACGUUUGAAAACAGCGAUUUCGGCUAAUCCAACCCCAACAGUCUACUGGGAUCGAGAAGGGGUUGUGCUGGAAACUGGAAAUAAGUACUCUAUCUACAACGACGGCGAUUUUUAUUACCUCGAGGUACAUCACGUAUCUCUAUUUGACCAAGGAUUCUAUAACUGCACUGCUUCUAACAGCGAAGGCAUUGCAAUCUGCUCAUCAGAGGUGGAGGUGGUUAAACCCACUGAGGAUACCGCGAUGCAGCAGGAAAAACGAAAACACAAGAGAGAAAUGAGCAAACCCUACUUUAUCGAAGUCUUACCCGGAAAAAUGAAGGCAACUGCUUGCGAACCACUGUCCAUUGAGUGCAGCGUGGCAGGUUACCCUGCUCCUGCAAUUCGAUGGAUGCGAAAUGGAACACCUUUGAUACCGCAGGCGGAGAGAUAUACUAUGUCCUAUGACGGUGAGUGUGCGACACUCAAAUUUGCCCUGGUCUCAAUAGCGGAUGAAGGUAUCUACACCAUUGAAGCUAGGAAUGAGUUUGGAGAGGCGAAGUCUCAGAUGUCCUUGCAAAUCGAUCCAGGAGACUCACUUCAUGCCGACGGUAUUCCACCAUUAUUCAGAACAGAGAAAGUGCGAAAUGUGAUCAAAGCAAAUGAUGGCGAACGAGUUGAGCUGGUCGCCGAGCUUGUUCAAGGCUCCGAACCUAUGCAAAUUCGAUGGGUCCGUAACCGUGUCGCCAUCACUGACUCCAAAUCAUUCCAAUACAUUCGAAAUGGUCACGACGUUCGUCUGGUGAUUGCCGAUGCUUUCCCAGAAGAUGGAGGAGAGUACGCAGUGGAAGCACGCAAUCAGUACGGAACGGCUCGAUGUCUCAUGAGACUUGACAUUCACAGUCACGAACGAUCUCUUGCUGAGGACGCACCUCGAAUUUUGAAUGCUCCUCAGCUCGUCAGAGCAGGUCCUGGAGAAGUGGCUGAGCUCACAGCUCGUGUCACUGGCCAUCCUGACCCGGUGAUUGCUUGGGCGAAAGCUAAUGAAGCAAUUACGAAUUCUGAAAAAUACACUAUCCUGAACGACGGCAACGAAUUUACUCUACGUGUCAGUAAUAUUGUACGAGCAGACGCUGGGAAAUAUUCUCUGACUGCUGUAAACGUUGCUGGUGAAGCGAACGCCACGAUAGAUUUGGCAGUUGCCGAACCUACUGGCAUAACAACGAUGGGACCACGAUUUACACACGCUCCAGUGUCUGUGCAAUCUCGGAUUGGACAACGUGUGGAGUUAAUGGCUCGUUUUAAUGGACAACCGGCACCUGUGUGCCGGUGGUUCAAGGGUGACGUCGGACUGGAGGAUGGCGUCGGCGGUUACACGAUUGUCGAUAGCGCGGACAGCUCGACGUUGUCAAUCGUGUACCUUGAGAUGGUACACGUUGGAGAAUAUCUAUGUACUAUACGUAAUCCUUACGGUGAAGAUCUCGCCACUGCUAUGAUCAUGAUUGAAGGCUCAUCUAUUGCACUACGCCGAUCGAGUCGCAAAUGAAACGGUUUAGUAGAUGUACCUAGCCAAGUAGUAGACUGAGUGGACUCCCGUUGCUCUCCUUCAAGUACAUUUUUGUCGAAUAAUUGAAUUGUUAUAUUGACCCUAUACUGAAGUUGUUGCCCGAAGCAUGGCAUCUUACGCAAUCAGCGUAAGCGCUCAUGCUCCUGUAAAACGAUCAUCUACGAAUUUCACUGUUUUUCAAUUUUUUUUUGUUUUGUGUUGCUUCGUCAUUGAUGACAUUGAAAAUGUACGUGCAAUUGUCUGUGAUUAGCUUUUCUGAGAGAGCACAUGCUUUGUUAGUCACCGUAUCCUUCUGGCCCUGGAUACGUCGCUAGUCGCGCCUAAUCUCUUAUGUGCCUUGCAUUGUGC